CGCUGGACUUCCAGACCCUGGACUUGGUUGUCGUGGAAACGGAGAAGCUGCACAUCCCCGUCCCCUUCCGGGCGGUCCCGGCACCCCGGAUCACCUGGCACAAGGACGGCAAGGAGCUGAAGGGGGACGACCGCAUCGGGUUCAGGAAGGAGUCGUGUCCUGCACCUGAGGUGGACAGCAGCGUCCACGCUGACGCCGGCCUAUACAAGGUCACCUGGAGAAACGGCUGGGGGCCGCCAGCGCCACCAUCACGUCAAGGUCAUCGUAGUUCCUGGCCAGUGUAAGGGAUCGUGGCCUCUGAGAUCACAAGAGUUCCUGUAAGUGUCCUGGAGCGCUCCGGACUACGACGGGGGCUUCCCCCAUCGUCCACACGUCAUGCAGCGGCGUGAGGCCGGCAGGAGGACGUACGUCAACAUGAUGUCCGGAGAGAAGAAGAUGUGCUGGACCGUCAAAGACCUGAUCCCCAACGGAGAGUACUACUUCAGAGUCCAGGCCGUCAACAAGAUCGGGGGGGGGGAGUUCAUCGAGCUCCGCAACCCCGUCAUCGCAGAGGACCAGAAACACGUCCCCGACCCCCCCGUGGACGUGGAGACCCACAACCCCACGUCCAGCACCGUCACCCUGACCUGGAAGCCCCCCAUGUACGACGGCGGCGCCAAGAUCAUGGGCUACGUCCUGGAGAAGCAGAAGAAGGGCGAGGACGCGUGGGAGCGCUGCAACGACUUCCUGGUCCCCGUCCUGUCCUACACCGUCCGGGGUCUGACGGAGGGCAAGAGCUACACCUUCAGGGUCCGGGCCGAGAACGCCGCCGGGGUCAGCGAGCCGUCGCGGGCGUCCCCCUUCGUCAAGAUCUCAGACGCCAUCGACCCCCCCAAGGUGUUCCUGAGCGGCAGCCUGCAGUCCGGCCUCAGCGUGAAGCGGGGCUGCGAGAUCCGCCUGGACGCCAACGUGUCCGGCUCGCCGUACCCGGAGGUCACGUGGUACUGGAACAACCAGAGGAUCCGGCCCGAGCCGCUCCGCAGGAGGCCCGACAAACCACUGAAGAAGAAGGUGGAGAAGAAGGAGGAGGAGAAGAAGGAGGAGGAGAAGAAGAAAGAGGAAGGAGAGGCCGAGAAGCCCGAGGAAGAAGAGACGGACUACCCGACGAUAAACGAGCGUCUGACCGUGGACAGCCGUCACCGCGGCAUGGCGUCCAUCGUCAUCAGGGACUCGUACCGCGCAGACCACGGCGUCUACAUGGUGAAGGUGGAGAACGACCACGGCAUCGCCUCGGCAACCUGCGAGGUCAACGUGCUCGACACCCCCGGGCCCCCGGUGAACUUCACCUUCGAGGACGUGAGGAAGAGCUCGGUGGUGUGCCGCUGGGCCCCCCCCCUGGACGACGGGGGCAGCGAGGUGCUGAACUACACCCUGGAGCAGAAGGACAACUCCAAGCUGGAGAUCGGGUGGAGCUGCGUGACCUCCACCCUGAGGGGCUGCCGCUACCUGGUGCCCAAGCUCAUCGAGAAGAAGGAGUACAUCUUCAGGGUGGUGGCGGAGAACAAGUUCGGCGCCGGGCCGUACUGCGUCUCCAGACCGCUCGUCGCCAAGAACCCUUUCGACCCCCCCGAGACCCCCGAGAAGCCGGUGAUCGAGGACGUCACGGCCCAAAGCAUGCUGGUGACGUGGACCCCCCCCAACGACAACGGCAGCCCCAUCCUGGGCUACUGGGUGGAGCGCCGCGAGAUCAACAGCUCGCACUGGGCCCGCGUCAACAGGGACCUGGUUCCGGGCACCGAGCUGAACGUGGAGGGCCUCCUCGAGGGGCUCACGUACAUCUUCAGGGUGGCGGCUGAGAACCAGGCCGGCCCCGGGAAGUUCAGCGGCCCCUCCGAACCCAAAACAGCUCAGGCCCCCAUCUUACCCCCGGGACCCCCCGUUGCCCGAGUGGCGGCGACCACAGACCAUUCCAUCGACGUGGAGUGGGACCCCCCGGCCGACAACGGCGGGGGGGAGGUCCUGGGAUACCACGUGGAAAAGGCCAUGGUUGGCACCAAGGACUGGUCCCGGGCCACAGAACGUCUAUGGAAAACCCGAUCCUUCACGGUCUACGGGGUCCGCGAGGGAGCCAAGUACUCCGUCAGAGUGAUCGGCUGCAACGCUGCCGGAGAGGGAACGCCAGGAUUCACCGAGGCUGUGUUUGUCAGGAAUCCUGCAGAGAAGCCGAUGAUUGACCUUGAAAUGUCCGUGAAGAGCGGCGUGAUCAUCAGAGCCGGAGAGAACCUCCAUUUGCCCGCGACAGUCACGGGUAAACCCUACCCCACCAUCACCUGGACCAAGGACGACGCCAAACCCGACAAAGACCGCGUGGAGAUCCUCACCGAGGGCAACGACAGCGUCGUCUCCAUCAAAAACGCCCAGAGGAAGGACUGCGGCAAAUACCACAUCUCCGCUUGCAACCCCAGCGGCACCAAGAACGCCUCCAUCAGGGUGGAUGUUGUAGAUGUCCCCGGACCUGUCACGGACCUGAAGCCCGUCGUCGUCACUCGCAAGAUGAUCUUCUUGAAUUGGGACGACCCGGUGGACGAUGGAGGCAGCGACCUGACCGGCUUCGUCGUGGACCGCAGAAAUCCCAAUUCUCAUGCAUGGAGGCAGCCCGUCGAAACAACCUCUUCCAAGUGCGAGUGCAUGGGGAUAGUGGAGGGACAGGAGUACAUCUUCCGCGUCACGGCCAAAAACAAGUACGGCCUGGGCGUGCCGGUAGAGAUGGACAUCAUCAAGGCUGUUGACCCACAGGGCCCACCGUCAUACCCGGAGAAGUUCCACUACACCGAACGCACCAAGAACUCCCUCACGCUGACCUGGAAGCCGCCUCGUAACGACGGCGGCAGCCCCAUCAUCGGCUACACCGUUGAGAAAAAGAGGCAAGACAAGCAGGCCUUUGAGCCAUGCAACACAGAGAUGUGCCCCGACCUGACCAUGACAGUCGAGGGCCUGGAUGAGGACUGGAUGUACGAGUUCAGGAUCAAGUGUGCCAACCUGAUUGGAGUAAGCGAGCCAUCCAUCCCGUUGACUGUGAUUAUCCAAGACGACGAAGUGGCUCCUGAAGUCCACAUGUUGAAGCACUUCAAGGGCGACUGUAUUACCGUGAAGAAGGGUGAGCCAAUUGAAAUGCCCGCUGACAUCCUGGGCCUGCCCAUCCCAGUCAUCGAGUGGACCAAGGACGACGUGGUCAUCGAGCCCACAGAGGCUCUGCUGAUCGAGACUGAGGUGACCGGCAGGUUGAACGCAAAGACCAAGUUGUCCAUCCCAGCAGCCAAUAGGAGGGACCGCGGCAGCUACACUGUGACCGCCUCCAACAACAUGGGCUCAGCCAAGCACACCACCUAUGUCAUGGUGCUGGACCGACCACUUCCACCCAGGAAUUUGACAGUGUCCAACAUCAGGGCGGAGUCCUGCUACCUCCAUUGGGAAGUACCACUGAGCACUGGUGGCAGCGAGCUGACUAACUACAUUGUUGAGAAGUUGAAAGUGGUAAAAGAGGAACCAGAGCUGGAAGAGGGACAGGAAGCUCCACCUGGACCACAGUGGGAGGAGGUCAACAACAUCGUCAUUGAGAGGAAACUCGGGGUUUGGGAACUGGAGACCAACAAGUCCUACAUGUUCCGGGUCAAAGCCCAGAAUCGUUACGGCAUAUCUGACCCCUGCACUACAGAGGAAAUCAAGAUCAUAGACCCAUUUGGCCUUCCUGGCCCACCAGAGAAACCAAAGAUUGCAGAGUACUCCAAGACCUCCAUGACCCUAACCUGGCAGCCCCCCAGGGACACUGGCGGCUCUAUGAUUAUCGGCUACUGGCUGGAGAAGAGGGAAAAAGGCACUGACUACUGGGCCAAAGUUAACAAGAUGCCGGUCACCAAGAGGGGCAUGAAAGGCUGGGACUACCAGGUGACUCGUCUGUUCGAAGGAACAGAGUACGAGUUCCGGGUCGCUGCCACCAAUUCUGCAGGAAUGGGACCGUUCAGCGGACCGUCCGACUCAGCCUUCGCCGUUGAUCCCAUCACUCCUCCGAGCAUGCCCGGUGCUCCCGAGGUGAUUGACAAGACAAAGCACAGUGUCACGCUGUCCUGGAAAACGCCAGAGAGCGACGGAGGAAGCCCCAUCAAGGGCUACAUCAUCCAGAUCCAGGACGAGGCCGCAACAAAGUGGAUCAGCGUGAACGACGCCGACUCCCUCAACCCCACCACCGAGUUCACCAUGCCCGGCCUCCGCGCCCUGAAACGCUACCGCUUCAGGAUCAUUGCCGUCAAUGACAUCGGCGAGUCCGACCCCAGCCCCAGCACCGGCGAAGUUCUGGUGGAGGACAUCGCAUUUGCUCCUUCCAUCUCCAUCGACGUGCUGAUGGACGACCUGCUGUACAUCCGGGCUGGAGACCCGAUCAGGAUCCCCGCCACCAUCAAGGGCCGCCCGGUUCCCAAGGUAACCUGGGAGUUUACUGGCAAAGCCAAGUCGCACAAGAAGAACAAGCUGCACACGCUGCCUGUGGACUCAGAGAUUCAGUCCACCGACACCACGUCCGUUGUGACCGUCCCCGUCAGUCUGAGGACGCACUCUGGACGCUACACCAUCACGGCUAAGAACAAGUCCGGACAGAAGCACAUCAACGUCAGAGUCAUUGUCCUCGACGUCCCCGGAGCCCCGAAGGACCUGAAGGUCACCGACACCACCCGGUCCACCAUGAGGCUGAUCUGGAAGCUCCCCGACAGCGAUGGAGGAGAGAGGAUCAAGAGCUACUUCAUCGAGAAGAAGAGUCUGAUUGACAAGGCCUGGACAACGGUGAACGCCGCCUGUGCCAGCCAGGCCUACGUGGUGACGGGCCUGCUGGAGGGGCAGGACUACCACUUCAGGGUCCGAGCUGAGAACAGGCUCGGAUUCGGCCCGUUCACCAUCACCACCGACCCCGUGCGGGCCAGAGACCCCAUCUACCCGCCCGACCCCCCCACCAAAGUGAAGGUGAACCUGGUGACGAAGACCACGGUCACCCUGAGCUGGGAGCCCCCCAAGAACAACGGCGGCUCUCCGGUGAAGCAUUACAUCAUCGAGCGCCUGAGCUGGGACACCAGUGGCAAAGAGAAGGAGACGUGGAAGCAGUGCAACAAGAGGGACGUGGAGGAGCUCACCUUUGUGGUGGAGGACCUGAACGAGGGAGGGGAGUAUGAGUUCAGAGUGAAAGCCGUGAACGCGGCGGGACCCAGCCGCCCGUCGGCCGCCGCCGGGCCCCUGGUCAUCAAGGACCAGACAUGCGCUCCCAGCAUCCAGCUGCGCGAGGCCCUGGAGGGCGAGGAGGGCUGUGACGUCAGCAUCGUGGCGCGGGUGAGCGGCUGCCCGUUCCCCACACUAACCUGGCACCGAGCCGGCCUGGCCAAGCCGGAGGAGAAGGCCGCCGUGCAGUACGACCAGCACACCACCAAGCUGGUGACCCACGACAAGUGCACCCUGCUGAUCCAGCACGCCACCCGGCUCGACAGCGCCCUCUUCAGCCUGACUGCCACCAACAGCCUGGGCACCGCCACCAAGACCGUCAAGCUCGCCGUGCUUGGACCCCCCGGCCCCCCCAUGGCCCCGCUCAAGUUCACCGAGGUGUUUGCGGACCGGAUCGGCCUGGCCUGGAGCCCCCCCAGGGAUGACGGCGGCUCCAAGAUCACCAACUACGUGAUAGAGAAGCGCGAGGACAACAGGAAGUCCUGGGUCCACGUGUCCAAUGACCCCAAGGAGUGCGCCUACGUGGUGACCCGGCUCACCGAGAACCACGAGUACGAGUUCCGGGUCAUGGCCCAGAACAAGUUCGGAGUCGGGCCGCCGCUGGUCAGCGAGCCGGAGAAGGCCCGGAACCUCUUCACCGUCCCGGGUCAGUGUGAGAAGCCGACGGUGACGGAGGUCUGCCUGGAGUCCAUGACCGUCAACUGGGACGAGCCCAAGUACGACGGGGGCUCCUCGGUCACCGGCUACAUCGUGGAGAAGAAGGAGACCACCGCCAAGCGCUGGAUCCGCGUCAACCGGGACCCCAUCCGGGCCCUGCCGCUGGGCAACAACUGGGACGUGGUGGGCCUGCAGGAAGGGGCCAUGUACCAGUUCAGGGUCAGCGCGGUCAACGCCGCCGGCGCCGGGCUGCCCAGCGUGCCCUCGGACCCCGUGCUCUGCCGAGACCCCAUCAAACCUCCCGGGCCCCCCAUCCCGAAGGUGACGGACUGGACCAAGUCGACGGUGGAGCUGGAGUGGAUCCCCCCCGUGGUGGACGGAGGGUCAAAGGUCACCGGCUACAUCGCCGAGUACAAGGAGGUGAACAAGGAGGAGGAGGAGAAGAAGGCUCAGAGGAGGCUGCUGCUCAGCAGCGAGGAGGAGCCGGAGGACAAGGAGCCCGAGGAGAGCUGGGAGAAGGCGAAGGACACCGAGAUCAGGGGAACCAAGUUCGUGGUGGCCGGUCUGAAGGAGGGUGGUCUCUACCGGUUCCGGGUCAAAGCGGUGAACGCGGCCGGAGAGGGGGAGCCGGGACUCGUGUCCGAGCUCAUCGAGACCAAGGACAGAACCAUUCCCCCGGAGAUGGACCUGGACGCAUCGGUGAAGGAGAAGAUCGUGGUCCACGCCGGCGCCACCAUCCGCAUCAUUGCCUACGUGUCGGGUAAGCCGGCCCCGGAGAUCACGUGGUGCCGCGACGAUGCCGAGGUGCCCAAGGAGGCCGUGGUGGAGAAGACGGGCAUCUCCAACUCGCUGGUCAUCAAGAACUGCAAGCGCCAACACCAGGGCAUCUACACGCUGAGCGCCAAGAACGAGGGCGGCGAGAGGAAGAAGGCCGUCAUUGUGGAGGUUCUGGACGUCCCCGGACCCGUCGGUCUUCCCUUCGCCGGUGAGAAUCUGACCAACGACUCGUGCAAGCUGACGUGGUACUCCCCCGAGGACGACGGCGGCUCGGCCAUCACCAACUACAUCAUCGAGAAGAGGGAGUCGGACCGCAUGGGCUGGACCUCCGUGUCCUACACCGUGACCCGGAGGAACGCCGUGGUGCAGGGACUCCUCGAGGGCAAGGGCUACUUCUUCAGGAUCGCAGCCGAGAACAUCAUCGGCAUGGGGCCCUUCAUCGAGACUGACAAGAUGGUCCUCAUCAAGGACCCUAUCUCCGUCCCGGAGCGUCCGGAGGACCUGCACGUCACCGCGGUUACCAAGGACUCGCUCUCGGUUGCCUGGAGACCGCCCAAGUACGACGGCGGCACCGAGGUGACUGAGUACGUCCUGCAGUCCCGCAUGGUGGGCCGGGACAUCUUCACACGCAUCGGCGGGGACAGCAAGCUGCUGGACAUGAAGUUCACCCUGACGGGGCUGAAGGACGGGUCCAGCCACGAGUUCAGGGUGGCGGCCAUCAACGCCGUGGGACAGGGCAAGGCGUCCUACGCCACCAAGCCCGUCCAGUGCAAGGACGAACUGGACCCCCCAACUCUGGACCUGGACUUUAGGGAGAAGACAGUGGUGAAGGUGGGUGACUCGUGCACGCUGUCGGGACGCUACGGCGGCAAACCGGCGCCGUCUAUCACCUGGACCAAGAACGACGAGGAGCUGAAGGCGGACGACGAGAUCGGCCUCCACAGCACCGCGCGCCACCUGAGCCUCAACAUCAGCACGGCCAAGAGGGCCCACAGCGGCCGCUACGCCGUCAGCGUGGAGAACGCCGCCGGCGCCCGCACCGGAGUCUGCACCGUCACCGUGGUCGACCGCCCCAAUCCUCCAAUGGGCCCUGUGGUCUUCAAUGAGAUCUACAGCAACUACAUGGUGAUCUCCUGGAGCCCCCCCACGGACGACGGGGGCUGCGCCGUGUCCAACUACAUCGUCGAGAAGAGGGACACCAACCGAGACCUGUGGAUGCCCGUCACCUCGUCCUGCACCAGGACAUCCUGCAAGGUUCCAAAGCUGAUCGAGGGCCGUGACUACAUUGUCAGGAUCAUGGCGCAGAACAUCUACGGCAUCAGCGACCCACUGCAGUCGGCCGAGACCAAGGCCAGAGACAUCUUCAAGGUCCCCGACGCCCCCAGACAGCCCACCGUGAAGGAGGUCUUCCACGACUCGGCGCUGGUGAGCUGGGAGCCGCCGGCGGGCGACGGGGGGAAACCCAUCUCGGGCUACAUUGUGGAGAGGAAGGAGACCAUGGCCAACCGGUGGGUCCGCUGCAACACGGAGAGGAUCUAUCCGAAGGUGGAGUACUGCGUGACGGAGCUGCUGCAAGGCUGCGAGUACGAGUUCCGGGUCAGCGCUGAGAACGUGGUGGGGGCAGGGGACCCGAGCCCCCCCUCCAAACCCGUCUUUGCCAAAGAUCCCAUCGUGAAACCCAGUCCACCGGUGAACUUCAAGCCCGUCGACUUCACCAAGGAGUCGGUGACCCUGACCUGGCAGCCGCCCGCCGACAGCGGCAGGGGGAAGAUCUUCGGAUACCUGCUGGAGUACCAGAAGUCUGGAGAGGAGGAGUGGACCAAGGUGAACCAGACCCCCGACUCCUGCCAGGAGACCAGGUUUAAGGUGAUUGGUCUGGAGGACGGCGCCCUGUACCGGUUCAGGGUCAUGGCGGUCAACGCGGCCGGAGAGUCCGACCCGGCCAACGUCAAGGAGCCAAUCAAAGUGCAGGACCGACUCGAGCCCCCGGAGCUGAUCCUGGAUGCCGGGAUGACCCGCGAGGUGAAGGCCAUGGCCGGCACCCACAUCGUCCUGAUGGCGGGCAUCCGAGGCGUCCCGUUCCCCACGGUGACCUGGCAGAAGAACGAGGCUGAGGUGCCGACCCGCGCCGACAUCGACACCACCCAGGAGGGCACCAAGCUGGAGAUGAGGUUCUGCACCCGCGAGGACUGCGGAGACUACACCCUGACCGUGGAAAACCCAGCCGGGUCCAAGACCGUCACCUGCACCGUGCUGGUCUUUGACAAGCCGGGGCCCAUCCAGCACCUUCGGGUGACAGACAUCCGGAGCGACUCGGCCUACAUGUCCUGGAAGGACCCGGAGGACAGCGGCGGCGUGCGCAUCACCAACUUCGUGGUGGAGAAGAAGGACACGGCCUCCACCCAGUGGGUGCCGCUCUGCUCCACCUCCAAGAAGCGCAGCAUGAUGCUGAAGCACCUGAUCGAGGGCACGUCCUACAUGUUCCGGGUCGCCGCCGAGAACCAGUACGGGCGCAGCGAGUACGUCAGCACGCCCAAGGCCAUCAAGGCCAUGAACCCGCUCUUCCCACCCGGUCCCCCCAAAGACCUGCACCACGACGACGUGGACAAGACUGAGGUGUGGUUGGUCUGGAACUGGCCCGACCGCAAUGGGGGGAGUGAGAUCACCGGCUUCCUGGUGGAGUACCAGGAGGAGGGCGAGAGGGACUGGGACGAGUGGAAGACCGUCAGCAUCCCCGAGACCCACGUGACCGGCCUGGAGGAGGGAAAGACCUACCGCUUCAGGGUCAGGGCGGAGAACGCCAUUGGCCUCAGCAGACCCGACACCACCGUGCCAAUCCUGUGCCAGGAAAAACUGGUGCCCCCCAUUCUGGAGGUGGAUGCUAAGCUAAUAGACGGCAUCAUUGUGAAGGCCGGCACCACCAUCAGGCUGCCGGCCAUCAUGAGAGGGAUCCCCGUGCCCACCGCCAAGUGGUGCAUCGAGGGAGAGGAGAUCACCAGCGAGGGGAACGUCAAGAUCGACACAGACAACUUCUCCACCGUGCUCAGCAUUAACGACUGCACCAGGAACCACACCGGCACCUACCUGCUCACCGUGUCCAACCCCGCCGGAACCAAGACCGGGGCCUUGAACGUCACUGUCCUGGAUGUCCCCGCCGCUCCCAUCGGACCUGUCAACAUCCUGGAGGUCACUCCGGACUCCAUGAUGAUUGAAUGGCGUCCUCCCAAGGAUGAUGGCGGCAGCGCCGUCACCAACUACAUCGUGGAGAAGCGAGAGUCCAACAAGGAGACCUGGGGCGGUGUGAGCUCUGGCAGCCUGGCCACCAAGCUCAACAUCACCCGCCUGCAGAAAGGAGUGGAGUAUGUGGUUCGCAUUCGGGCCGAGAACAAAAUGGGCAUUGGCGCUCCUCUGGAGAGCCAGCCGACGGUCGCCGAGCACACCUUCAUGCCACCCAGUCCGCCCGGUAAGCCACAGCCCUCUGAAAUCGCAGAGGACUUUGUUACAAUUGGCUGGACCAUGCCACUGGCCGACGGCGGCAGCCAGAUCUCAGGCUACCUCAUUGAGCGCAGACACAAGGGAGGAAAAUGGAUCCGGGUCAACAAGACACCCUGCCCGGACCUGAGGUACAAAGUCCAAGGUCUGUUUGAGGGCAAUGAGUAUGAGUUCAGAGUGUUUGCGGAGAAUAGCGCCGGCUACAGCGGCCCCUCUCCCAGCUCUGACCUAUGCAAGCCCUGCAGGCCCAUCACCGUCCCAAGCCCCCCUGUCAACCCCAGAAUUAAAGAUUACAGCAAGACCACAGCUGAUUUGGUGUGGACCAAACCCAACAAAGACGGAGGUAGCCCCAUCCUGGGCUAUACUGUAGAAAUGAAGAAAGCCGAUACUGAAGAAUGGAAAAAGGUGAAUAUCGAUGAGUUUGUCAAGCAGUGUGCCUACAGGGUGAAGGGUCUGGAGGAGGGCGGGACGUACAGAUUCAGAGUCUACGCCUCGAACAUGAUCGGAGACGGAGAGUCCAGAGAAAUCCCAGAGUCUGUCACCGCUCAGGAUAUCCUGAUCCCUCCAGAGAUCGAGAUGGACACCACCUGCCGCGAGCACCUCACUGUGCGCGUCGGACACAACAUCAACAUCAUCGGCUACAUCAAGGCCCGUCCGGACGCAGAAGUGCUCUGGUCCAAGGAGGAGACCGUUCUGGAGAACAGCAAACGCGUCACCAUCGUUCAGAACCUCCCUAUGGUUCACCUGAGGAUCAAGGAAGCCACGAGAGCCGACCAUGGCAAAUACACUGUGAAGGCAUCUAACGUGGGCGGCGAGGCAUCUUGCACCAUCACGGUCAACGUGCUGGACAGACCGAGCCACUGUCAGAACCUGCACACAACCUAUGCCACCAAAGACUCGUGUAUGAUCAACUGGGAGGCCCCCAAGGACAACGGUGGAUCCGAGAUCACCAACUACAUUGUGGAGUGCCGUGAGCCCAGCAUUAGCAUGUGGUCCAUGAUCUCCUCCAACUGCACCAAUCGCAAGAUCAAGUCCAAGAUGAUGGAGGGCCACGAGUACCUGUUCCGCGUCUGUGCCGAGAACAAGAUGGGCCCAGGACCCUGUGUGGAAACCAAAACCCCUCUGCUGGCCAUCGAUCCCAUUGAGAAGCCCGGUGAGCCUGAAAACUUCAGAGCCACCGACAUCGGUAAGAACUACGUCUACCUGAGAUGGAGGAAGCCGGACUACGACGGCGGCAGCCCCAACAUCUCCUACAACCUGGAGUGCAAAGCUAAAGACGCUGAAGAGUGGGAGAAGCUCAACACCGGCGUCCUCACGGACACCUUCUUCCUGGCGGACAAGUGCACGGAGAACCACACAUACACCUUCAGGGUGCAGACCGUUAAUGAAGGAGGUGAAAGUGCUUGGGUAAAACUCGCCGAUAUUUUGGUGAGGGAGGAGAUCCAGAAGCCCGUUAUUGACCUGAAGCUGGCCGGCACCAUGACGGUGAAGGCCGGGGAGUCGGUGAGGUUGGAGGCCGGCUUGAGAGGAAAGCCCCAGCCCGAGGUCAAAUGGCUGAAAGACAAGGCUGUCGGAGACAACCCGAGAAUCAGCUAUGAGACCGGCCCCGACUACUCCAAGUUCCUUCUGACCAAGUCCAAACGCAGCGACACUGGGAAGUAUGUCAUCACUGCCACCAACUCGGCCGGCACCUUCACGGCGUACGCCAACGUUAACGUCCUGGACGUCCCCGGCGCAGUCAGGAACCUCCGCAUCACCGGCCUUGGAGCCGACAAGUGCAGAGUAGUGUGGGAUCCUCCAGAGGACGACGGAGGUUGCGAGGUGGACAGCUACAUCCUCGAGAAAUGCGAGACCAGGAGGAUGGUCUGGUCCACGUACUCGGCCUCCGUGGUCACGCCGUACUGCAACGUCACGCGUCUGGUGGAGAACAACGAGUACAUCUUCAGAGUGAGGGCGGAGAACAAGAUGGGAACCGGCCCCGCCAUGGAGAGCAAGCCGGUCACUGUCAGGACCCAGUUCAACAAACCUGGACCCCCUGAAGCCCCUGAUGUCACCAAGGUGAGUAAAGAUGAGAUGACCGUUGUCUGGGCUCCUCCUGAGAACGACGGAGGAAAGUCCAUCACCGGCUACAUCCUGGAGAGGAAAGAGAAGAGAGCAGUGCGCUGGGUGCCGUGCACCAAGAGCCCCAUCUCAGAGAGACGCAUGAAAGUCACCAACCUGAUUCCCAACCAUGAGUACCAGUUCAGGGUGAAGGCUGAGAACGAGGUCGGCCUGGGAGAACCCAGCAAACCCUGCAGACCCGUUGCAGCCAAAGACCCCAUCGAACCCCCCGGCCCCCCGGCAUGCCUCAAGGUAGGCGACAGCACCAAGACCUCCAUCACCCUGUCCUGGUCUAAGCCUGUGUACGACGGCGGUGCCCCCAUCAUCAACUACAGCCUGGACAUGAGGCUGAAAAGCGAGGCGGACCCCGAGAAGCCCUCCGAGGGCUGGAAGAGGAUCGACACCCACGGCCCGCUGGUCCACACCGAGUUCACCAUCGGCCAGCUGGACGAGAAGCUGGAGUACGAGUUCAAGGUGUCCGCCCAAAACCAGGUGGGCUGGGGACGCCACGCCUACCUGAAGGAGGCCGUCUCCCCCAAGGAGAUCCUGGAGGCUCCAGAGAUCGACCUGGACGCCAGUCUCAGGAAAGGCCUGUCUGUCCGGGCCGGCUGUCCAAUCAGGCUCUUCGCUGUGAUCAGAGGAAGGCCCGCCCCCAAGGUGACCUGGAAGCGCCUGGGCGUGGACAACGUGAUCCGCCGAGGUCACGUGGACCAGGUGGACACCAUGUCCUUCCUGGUCAUCCCCGAGAGCACCAGAGAGGAUUCUGGGAGAUACUCGCUGACUCUGUCCAACUCAGCUGGAGAGAAAGCCGUAUAUGUCCGCGUCAAAGUCCUCGACACUCCGGGUCCCGUGGGAGACCUGCAGGCCUGCAACAUCACCAAGACCAACGCCCAGCUGUCCUGGCUCCCCCCCGACAACGACGGGGGCCGCCCCAUCCUUAACUACAUCGUGGAGAAACGCGAGGUGGACCGCAAGACCUGGAACAAGUGCAUCGAGGACCUGAGGAAGACCAGCUUCCAUGUGACCACCAUGACGCCUGGCAUUGAGUACUACUUCAGGGUCACGGCCUGCAACAAGUACGGCAUCGGGGUCCCUCAAGACUCGCCCAAGUCCUACCUGGCUGUCGACCCCAUCAGCGAGCCGGACCCUCCAAAGAAGAUGGACGUGUUGGAGAUCAGCAAGAACAGCGCCACCCUGGGCUGGCUGAAGCCGCUCAGAGACGGGGGAGCCAAGAUCAACGGCUACGUGGUGGACUACCAGGAGGAGGGCGCGCCCGGGGACAAGUGGACGCCGUACUCUGUGGUCAAAGACAUGACCAUCGUGGUGGUCGGUCUCAAGGAAGGAACCAAGUACAAGUUCAGAGUGGCAGCCAGGAACUCUGUGGGCGUCAGCCUGGCCCGGGAGGCCGAGGGGGUGUUCGAGGUCAAGGAGCAGCUCAUGGCUCCGAAGGUCAUCCUGCCCGACGUGGUGACGGUCCGAGCCGGAUCCAAGAUGGUGGUGGAGGCCCUGGUGGCGGGUAAACCCGCCCCCUUCUGCAAGUGGAAGCAGGGCAGCGAGGACGUGCUGACCUCGGACCGCCUGUCGGUCGUGAAGACGCUGACCACCUGCACGCUCAUCAUCAAGAACGUGACGCGCAAGGACAGCGGCUACUACAGCCUGUCAGCCGAGAACAGCACCGGCAAGAUCAACCAGAUCCUCCGAGUCACCGUCAUGGACAUCCCUGGCCCCCCCGAGGGUCCCAUAGAGAUCACAGAGCUGGAUGUGGACGCCUGCACGCUGCUGUGGAACUCCCCUCAGGAGGACGGCGGCAGCAACAUCACCAACUACAUUGUGGAGAAGUGUGACGUGAGCCAGGGCGACUGGGUCCCCGUGACCACAUCCUGCACCAAAACCAGCUUCAGAGUCCCCAAACUCACAACCGGCAAAGAGUACGGCUUCCGAGUCCGUGCUGAGAACCGGUUGGGCAUCUCGGCGCCACUUUACUCUGAGAAGAUGAUUGCCAGACAUCCAUUUGACCCCCCCAGUGAGCCCAGAAACCUGCAGAUCAACAAGGUCUUCAAGGACUUUGUCAUCGUGUCGUGGGAGGUUCCCACCAGCGAUGGGGGCAGCCCCAUCACCGGGUACUGCAUCGAGAAGAAGGAGAGGAACAGCCUCCUUUGGAUGAGGGCCAACGAGUCCGUGGUCCGGGCCACCCAGUACACCUGCACCGGGCUCAUAGAGGGGGUGGAGUACACCUUCAGGGUAUCGGCCAGCAACCUGGCGGGACAGGGCAAACCCUGCAAGCAGACCGACUUCGUCACCGCCAGGACCGCCGUCGACCCCCCAGGUAAACCCGAGGUGAUGGACGUGACCAAGCACUCCGUCUCAUUGGUCUGGAGCCGCCCCAAGCACGACGGCGGCAGCAAGCUGAUUGGCUACUACGUGGAGUACACCAAGUACCCGGGGGAGAAGUGGACUCGCUGCAACGCCAACUGCAUGAGCAUCCAGACCGAGAGCUACGUGGUGGGGGGGCUGGACGAGGGUCAGCAGUACCAGUUCAGGGUCAUCGCCAAGACCGCCAUCAACGUGAGCCUGCCGUCGGAGCUGUCGGACCCCAUCGCCGUCAUCGCCCAGAACGUGCCCCCCCGCGUGGAGCUCGGCGUCAACAUGAAGAACCUGAUUGUGGUGAAAGCCGGCGAGAACGUGGCGCUGGACGCCGAGGUCUUCGGCAAGCCGCUGCCCCGGGUCAGCUGGAAGAGGGACGGGGCCCCCCUGGUGCUCAUCGAGGGCAUGAAGGUCUCCCAGAAGAAACACGUCCACCUGCUGGAGCUGUUCGCUGUCACCAGGAAGGAGUCCGGGGACUACACCAUCACCGCCGAGAACGCCAACGGGUCCAAGUACGCCAGCAUCAAGGUCAAGGUGCUCGACAAACCGGGCCCCCCGGCCUCCGUGAAGACCGCCAAGGUGUUCGCGGACCGGAUCAAGCUGCGCUGGGAGCCCCCCCUGGCCGACGGCGGCUCCGAGAUCACCAACUACAUCAUCGAGAAGCGCGAGACGAGCCGGCCCAACUGGGCGCUGGUCACCGCCAACGUCAGCGGGCACAGCACCGACUGCUCCGUGGAGCGGCUCAUCGAGGGCCACGAGUACCAGUUCAGGGUCAGCGCCGAGAACCAGUACGGCGUCGGGGACGCACGCAUGACCGAGCCCGUCAUGGUCAAGAACCCGUUCGACGUCCCCGGGCCGUGCGAGCCGCCCGUCAUCACCAACAUCACCAAGGACUCCAUGACGGUGAGCUGGAAGGCGCCGGCCAACGACGGCAAGGCCACCAUCCUGGGCUACAUGGUGGAGAAGCGCGAGGCCACGGAGCUGGCCUGGGCCAAGGUCAACCGCCGGCCCGUCAUAGACCGGACCAUCAAGGCGGUCCAGCUCACCGAGGGCUCCGAGUACGAGUUCCGGGUCAUCGCCAUGAACAAGGCCGGCCUGGGAAAGCCCAGCGACGCGUCCCUGGCCGGGCUGGCCGUCGACCCCGUCUAUCCCCCCGGCCCUCCGGCCUUCCCCAAGGUGGUGGACUCCACCCGGACCUCCGUCAGCCUCAGCUGGACCAAGCCGGCGUACGACGGCGGCUGCGAGAUCUUCGGCUACCUGGUGGAGUGUAAGCGGGCGGACGCCGAGCACUGGACCAAGUGCAACAUCCCCAAGAAGCUGCAGGCCACCCGGUUCCUGGUGACGGGCCUGAUGGACGACGUGGAGUACCAGUUCCGCGUCCUCGCCGUCAACAAGAUCGGCUUCAGCGAGCCCAGCGAGGUCCCCGGGAACCACAUGCCCAAAGACAUCCUGAUCGCUCCUGAAGCCGAGCUGGACGCCGACCUCAGAAAGGUUUUGGUCCUCCGAGCCGGCGUCACCAUGAGGCUCUACGUCCCCCUGAGGGGACGCCCGGCACCGAAGGUGACGUGGUCCAAGGUGGACGCCAACCUGAAGGACAGGCAGGUGCUGAUCAAGACGUCGGACUGGGACACCCUGCUGAUGAUCGAGGACAUCAACAGAUACGACGCCGGCAAAUACGCCCUGCUGCUGGAGAACAGCAGCGGGUCCAAGACCUACACCAUCGUGGUCAAAGUGCUCGGUAAGACCAGAUCUGCCACAAGGAUUCCCCCGGUCCGCCCAAUGGCACCGACUGUGAAGGAGACCUCCCUGAGCCACGCCACCAUCACCUGGGACGCCCCGCAGCUCGACGGCGGCAGCCCUGUCAAGAGCUACAUCGUGGAGAAGCGCCUGGCCGAGAGGAAGGCCUGGACCUGCGUGGAGGCCAACUGUCACAAGAUCUCGUACCGGAUCCCCAACCUGGAGGCGGGGCAGGCCUACUGCUUCCGAGUGCUGGCUGAGAACGCCUACGGCAUCGGAGAGGGCUGCGAGACGGCCGGCAGCGUCCGGGCCUCAGAGCAACCCGGGCCCGUGACAGACUUUAAAGCCCUGAAGACCACCAAGGACUCCAUUGUCCUGGGCUGGAAGAAGCCGCUGAGCGACGGCGGGAGCUACAUCAGCGCCUACAUCCUGGAGCAGAGCGAAGGCGAGGGCAAGUGGAAGCAGAUCAUGAAGGGCAAGAACAACACGCACACCCUGGACGAGCUGAAGGAGGGCACGGAGUACGGGUUCAGGGUCAAGGCGCUCAACCAGUCCGGAGAGGGGGCCCCCACCGAGCUCGCCGUCAUCGCCAAGAACCAGUUCGUGGCGCCGGACUGCAACCUGAGCGCCCUGCAUGACGGCUGCUGCACGGUGAAGGAGGGCAGCACCACCCGCAUCAACAUCCCCAUCACCGGCGUGCCCCUGCCCACCGCCACCUGGAAGAAGGGCGACACGGGGAUCGGCGACACGGGCCGGAUGUGCGUGGAGGCGUCCCACGGCGUCACCACCCUUCUGAUCCGCGACUGCCAGAGGACGGACGCCACCACCUACACCAUCAACGUGAGGAACAACGGCGGCGCCAAGGACUGCAAGUUCAAGCUGGUGGUGGUGGGCAAGCCGGGCGUCUGCACCGGGCCCAUCAAGUUCGACGAGAUCACCGCCGACGGCAUCACGCUGGAGUGGGGGCCGCCCAAAGACGACGGCGGCGCCGAGGUGUCCAACUACAUCGUGGAGAAGAGGAGGACGACGGACAGCAAGUGGGCCACGGUGGCGUCCGCCAUCCAGAAGACCAGCAUGAGGGUGAUCCGGUUGCACGAUGGAGUCGAGUACAUCUUCAGGGUGUUCGCUGAAAACAAGUACGGCAUCGGGGAGUACCUGAGGUCGGACCCCGUCAUCGCCCAGCACCCGUUCAAUGUUCCCGAGGCGCCUGCUCCUCCACAAAUCGUGAGCAUGCGCCACGAGUCGGCCGUGUUGACGUGGGCCGAUCCGAAGGACACGGGGGGCUCCGCAAUCACAGGGUACCACGUGGAGUUUAAGGAGACCAACAGUCUGAUGUGGAAGCGGGCCAGUAAGACUCCUCUGAGAGUGAAGGAGUGCCGGGUCACAGGCCUGAUCGAGGGACUGGAGUACGAGUUCAGGGUGAUGGCCAUGAACGCAGCCGGCCUGGGACGGCCCAGCAAGGUCACCGAGGCGCUGGUCGCCCUUGACCCAAUUGAUCCCCCCGGUAAGCCUGAGGUGAUCAACGUCACCAGGACCACGGUCACUCUGAUCUGGACCCCUCCCAAAUAUGACGGGGGCCACAAGCUGACUGGCUACAUGGUGGAGAAGCUGGAGGUCGACGGCAAGGCGUGGAUGAAGGCCAACCACGUCAACAUCCAGGGCUGUGCCUUCACCGUCACGGACCUGACGGAGGGAUCUCAGUACCAGUUCAGGAUCAGGGCCAAGAACUCUGCCGGGGCCAUCAGCGUUCCUUCAGAGCAGACUGAUCUGCUGACCUGCAAGGAUGAGUACGAGCCACCAACCAUCACUAUUCACCCAGACAUGAAGGACGGUGUCUCAGUCAAGGCCGGUGACACCAUUGUGAUCUCAGCCUCCAAGAUCGUUGGCAAACCUCCACCCACUGCCGUCUGGUCCAAGGGAGGCCGAGAGUUAAAGAGCUCUGACACCGUCACCAUCACCAGCACCCCCAUCUCCUCCACUCUGGCCAUCAAGUACGCCAGCCGGAAGAACACAGGAGACUACGUCAUCACCGCCAGCAACCCCUUCGGCAUUAAAGAAGAGCGUGUAAAGGUGAAGGUCCUCGAUGUGCCGGGACCUCCGGGCCCCAUCGAAGCCAGCGUGAUCACAGCUGAGAAGUGUACUCUGACCUGGCUUCCACCCGAGGAGGACGGAGGCUUCUCCAUCAAGUCCUACAUCGUAGAGAAGAGAGAGACCAGCCGCCUGCAGUGGACCAAGCUGGCGGAGGACGUCAUGGACUGCAGAUAUGUCGCCGCCAAACUGAUCAAGGGCAACGAGUACAUCUUCAGGGUGUGUGCUGUGAACCAGUGUGGCACCGGAGACUCCAGCCAGUCCGGUCCAGUCAAAAUGGUGGACAGUUAUCGCCCACCGGGUCCCCCCUCAACCCCAGAGGUUGACAACAUCAGCAGGACUGCUGUCACCAUUUCAUGGAAGAGACCAGUACAGGACGGAGGAAGUGACAUUAGAGGAUACUGUGUAGAGAGGAAAGAAAGGAGAGGAAUGAGAUGGGUGAGAGCCUGUAAGAGGACGGUCCCUGACCUGCGCUUUAAGGUGCAGGGCCUAAAUGAGGGAACAGAGUAUGAGUUUAGAGUCACUGCUGAGAACAAGGCUGGAUUUGGGACACCAAGUGAGCCAUCUCAACCUGUGAUCACCAAGGACAUUGUCUAUCCACCUGGUCCUCCAUCCAACGUCAAAAUUACAGAAACUACAAAAACCACAGCUUCUAUGGUCUGGGGCCGACCCCACUAUGAUGGUGGUCUGGAAGUAGAUGGAUAUAUUGUUGAGUACAAAAAGGAAGGGCUUGACGACUGGGAGGUGGAGACACAGUAUCCAUUGAAAGCUACUGAAUACGUUAUUGGUAAACUUCAAAAAGGGGGCAAGUACCACUUCAGAGUCAGCGCUGUUAAUUCUGAGGGAGUUGGCGAGCCUGCAGAGGUUGAGAAAGUGACGGAACUGGUGGACCAGGAGACGCUACCAGACUUUGAGCUGGAUGCUGAACUCAGGAGAACCCUGGUGGUCAGGUGCCGUGCUUCAAUCCGUUUGUUUGUGCCAAUUAGGGGACGUCCUGUUCCAGAUGUAACCUGGACUAAAGAUGAUACCAACUUGAAAACACGUGCACACAUUGACACCACAGAGUCCUACACUCUGCUGGUUAUUCCUGACUGCACCAGAUAUGAUGCCGGAAAGUACAACCUGUGUCUUGAGAAUGUUGCUGGAAAAAAGACCGGAUUUGUUAAUGUCAGGGUUUUGGACACACCAGGACCACCAGUCAAUGUCCAGCCUAGGGAGAUCACUAAGAACAGCAUCACCCUCCAGUGGGAAAUCCCCAUAAUCGAUGGCGGUUCAAAGAUUCACAGAUAUGUUAUUGAAAAGAGGGAGGCCACCAAGAAGGCCUACACAGUGCUUUCCACUACAUGGCAGAAGUGUUCCUACAAGUUCACAGACCUUGAAGAGGGAGCUUACUACUACUUCCGUAUCUCUGCUGAGAAUGACCUGGGUGUAGGUGAGCCUGCUGAAUCUCCUGAGCCAAUCAGGGUGUCUCAGGCCCCCAUUGCACCAGAGAACUUGUAUGUUACAGAUGUGACAGCUGAUAGCGCCAGCCUGGCAUGGGCAAAGCCUCUGCAUGAUGGUGGCAGCUUGAUCACCGGAUAUGUCAUUGAGGCCCAGAAGAAGGACACUGAGCAGUGGGUCCAUAUGGGCACCAUCAAGGCUCUGGACUACACUGUCACCGAUCUGAUUGAGGGUGCAGAAUAUACCUUCCGCAUAAUGGCUGUCAACGCAUCAGGCAGGAGCGACCCUCGUGAGAGCAGGCCAGCUAUUAUCAAAGAGCAUACUUCCGCUCCUUCCUUUGACCUGCGUGGAGUGUACCAAAAGACGGUCAUUGCCAAGGCAGGGGACCGUGUCAAGGUGGAGAUUCCAGUGCUUGGCAAACCCAGACCUGACGUUUCCUGGAAGAAGGGAGACAUAAGGAUCAAGGAGACACAACGAAUCAACAUUGAAACCACACCAACAUCUACUAUCCUCAACAUUGGUGAGAUCAAGAGGACUGAUGAAGGCCAGUAUUCAAUGACUGGUAAGAACAUGCUGGGUACAGUGACUGAGACGAUCACAGUCCUGGUCCACGACAUUCCAGGUCCUCCCACUGGUCCCAUCAAGCUGGAAGAGGUCUCAUGUGAUUAUGUUCUUAUGUCCUGGGAAGCACCAGAAAGUGAUGGAGGUGUACCUAUCAACAACUAUAUCGUUGAGAUGCGGGAGACUACUGGUACUUCCUGGAUGGAGUUGGCAGCUACAGUGAUCCGCACCACAUUCAAGGCAGCCCGACUCAACACUGGAACCCAAUAUCAAUUCCGUGUCAAGGCCCAGAACAGAUAUGGCAUCGGACCAUGCAUUAUCUCUGAACCAGUGUUGGCUGCCUAUCCAUUUGAUGUGCCAGGCCAGCCAGGCAUUCCUGUGGUAACAUCUUUCAACAAGGAUGCAAUGACCCUGAGCUGGAACGAGCCUUCCUCUGACGGAGGCAGUGUCAUCCUUGGCUAUCAUGUGGACAGAAAAGAGAAAAACAGCAUUCUGUGGCAGAGAGUCAGCAAGGCUCUUGUUGUCGGAAAUAUCUUCAAAUCAACAGGCCUUGUUGAUGGAAUCGCAUAUGAACACCGUGUUAUUGCUGAAAACAUGGCUGGUCUCAGCAAACCCAGCAAACCCUCUGAUACCAUGUAUGCUUUGGACCCUGUCGACCCACCAGGUAGGCCUGUGGCACUGAAUGUCACCAGACAUGAGGUGACAGUGUCAUGGACCAAACCAGAGGGAGAUGGCGGAUUUUCCAUCACUGGUUACACAGUAGAGAGGAGAGAGAUGCCCAAUGGACGCUGGCUCAAAGCCAACUUCAACAACAUCCUAGAAACCAUCUACACAGUCAGUGGUCUGAUCGAAGACGCAACUUAUGAAUUCCGAGUGUUUGCUAGAAACUCCGCCGGUGCUGUUAGUGCUCCAUCCCCGACAUCAGAGGCCAUCACAUGCAGAGAUGACAUUGAAGAACCCAAGCUUGAUGUGGAUGCAUCCUACAGCAGCAAUGUUGUUGUCAUGGCAGGAGACGUGUUCAAGCUGGAGGCCAGUGUGACUGGCCGGCCACUACCAUCUUUGGUAUGGACCAAGGAAGGAAAGGAGCUUGUUGAUACAGCCAAGAUAGAGAUAAAGACAACUGAUUUCCACACAACGCUUAUCAACAAAGAUUCCCUGAGGAGGGACGGAGGUGUUUUCAUUCUGACCGCCAGCAAUCCUGGUGGAUUUGCCAAGUUUACCUAUAAUGUCAAGGUGCUCGACAGACCUGGACCACCAGACUCCCUCACCGUUACUGACGUCACUGCUGAGAAAUGUGUUCUCAACUGGCUGCACCCAACACAUGAUGGUGGUGCCAAGAUUGAGUACUUUAUCAUUCAGAGGCGAGAGACCAGUAGGUUGGCAUGGACGAAUGUGGCUACAGAUCUUCAGGCAAACAGGCUCAAGGUUACCAAGCUUCUAAAGGGCAAUGAAUACAUCUUUAGAGUAAUGGCUGUAAACAAGUAUGGCGUGGGUGAGCCCCUGGAGUCUGAAGCGAUCAUCUGUGCCAACCCCUAUGUCGUCAGUGACGCACCAACACAGCCUGAAGUCACCAGCAUUACCAAAGACUCCAUGGUGGUCUGCUGGGAGCGCCCUGAACACGAUGGAGGCAGCAGAAUAAACACAUACAUAAUUGAGAGAAGGGAUAAGACUGGCCUGCGCUGGGUAAAAUGUAACAAGAGGACUGUAACUGACCUGCGUUUCAAGGCCUCUGGCCUCACACCAGAUCAUGAGUAUGAAUUCAGAGUUUUCGCUGAAAAUAAUGCUGGUCUAAGCCAGCCUAGUCCUUCCAGUCCAUUCUACAAAGCCGUAGACACCAUCUUCCAGCCUGGACCUCCAGGGAACCCCAGAGUGCUGGACACAACCAAGUCUUCCAUCACCCUUGCCUGGAACAAGCCUGUCUACGAUGGUGGUUCUGAGAUCACUGGUUACAUUGUGGAGACCUGCCUGCCUGAGGAGGAUGAGUGGACAAUACACACUCCCAAGAAGGGAUGGACAGCCACUUCCUUCACUAUUACCAACUUGAAGGAAAACCAAGAUUACAAAAUCAACAUCUGUGCCACUAAUUGUGAGGGAGUGGGAGAGCCCGCUGCUGUUCCUGGAACCCCCAAGGCUGAAGACAGACUGCUUCCUCCAGAAAUUGAACUUGGAGCAGAGCUGCGUAAGGUGGUCAUCCUCAGAGCCUGUAGCACACUCAGACUCUUUGUUCCUAUUAAGGGCAGACCUGUACCUGAAGUUAAAUGGUCAAGAGAACAUGGCGAAUCCCUAGACCGAGCUCUCAUUGAAAUCACCCCAUCAUUCACCACUCUUCAGGUAGACAAUGUUGACAGGUUUGAUGCAGGUAAAUACAUAGUGACUGUAGAGAAUGCCUCAGGAAGCAAAACAGCCUUUGUCAAUGUCAGGGUGCUAGAUAGUCCUGGAGCACCUCAGAAUCUGAUUAUCAAGGAGGUCACCAGAGAUUCAGUUUCACUCGUUUGGGACGCUCCUCUCAUUGAUGGUGGCUCCAGAGUCCGCAACUACAUUGUGGAGAAGCGUGAGUCACACAGAAAGGCCUACACAACUGUCUGUGCCAGCUGCCAUAAGUCCAGUUGGAAAAUUGGAGACCUGGAGGAAGGAAAAAUGUACUCAUUUAGAAUCCUGGCUGAAAAUGAAUUUGGCAUUGGCCUCCCAGUAGAGACUGUUGAACCAAUUAAAGUGUCAGAGAAGCCUCUACCACCAGGCAAAGUGACCCUUCAUGAAGUUACCAGCUCCAGCGUCACACUAACCUGGGAAAAGCCUGACCAUGAUGGUGGGAGCAGAAUCACAGGCUAUAAUGUGGAGAUGCAGGGUAAAGGCAGUGAUAAGUGGAUCCAGGUCAUGGUUGUAAAGACCAAUGAGGCUGUUGUAACUGGCCUUACACAGGGAGAGGAGUACAUUUUCCGUAUAUCAGCCACCAAUGAAAAGGGAGUUAGUGACCCACGUCUUCUUAGUGUCCCUGUGGUGGCUAAGGACCUGGUCAUCUCUCCAACCUUUAAACUGCUUUUUAGCACAUACAGUGUGCUAGCAGGUGAUGAUCUGAAGAUAGAUGUACCAUAUUCCGCCUGUCCCAAGGCUACAGCAACUUGGCUCAAAGAUGGCAUUGCUCUUAAGGAGACAACAAGAGUUAAUGCUGAUGCCACAGACAAAAACCUUCUCCUGGUUAUUAAGGACGCUUGCAGAGAUGAUGUGGGCACAUACACUAUCAAACUGAUCAACACAGUUGGAGAGGCAUCUACAGACAUCAGCGUUGUUGUUCUAGAUAAGCCCGGUCCUCCAACCGGCCCAAUCAAGAUGGAUGAAGUCACUGCUGACAGCGUGGUCCUGUCCUGGAAUCCACCAGAGUAUGACGGUGGUUGCACCAUUAACAAUUACAUUGUUGAGAAGAGAGACACAUCUACCACUAACUGGCAGAUUGUGUCAGCUACCGUGGCCAGAACCACCAUCAAGGCAGCCCGUCUGAGGACUGGAACUGAGUAUCAGUUCAGGAUUGCUGCAGAGAAUAGAUAUGGCAAGUCUUCAGUCCUGCUCUCUGAAACCAUUGUUGCUCAGUAUCCAUUUGAGGUGCCCCACCAACCACGUUCUGUUGUAGUCCAGUCAGCCACCAAGGAGAGCAUGGUGGUGGUAUGGGAGAAACCCAGCAGUGACGGUGGAAGCAAAAUUAUGGGCUACCACUUGGAGCUCAAAGAGAGAAACAGUAUACUGUGGGUAAAACAGAACAAACAAAUAAUCCCAGAGACCAGAUUUAAGGUUGUUGGCCUUGAGGAGGGUAUUGAGUAUGAGUUCAGAGUUUAUGCUGAGAACAUCGUUGGCCUGAGCAAAGCCAGCAAACUGACUGAAAUGCAAGUGGCCAGAGAUCCUUGUGACAGACCAGGGAAACCAGAGGCUGUCAUAGUGACAAGAAACCAAGUGACACUCAGAUGGACCAAACCAGAGUAUGAUGCCGGCAUUAAGAUCACAGGCUAUGUGGUUGAGAAGAAAGAGGGAGCUGGCCGCUGGAUGAAGGCCAGUUUUGCCAACGUCAUUGAGACCGUAUUUGUUGUCACAGGACUUACUGAAGAUCAAAUUUAUGAGUUCCGUGUUAUCGCCAGGAAUGCAGCAGGUGUCUUCAGCCAGCCUUCUGAUUCUACUGGAGCCAUCACUGCCAAGGACGAGGUGGAUCCACCCAAGAUUGACAUAGAAGCUAAGUACUCCCAGGCUGUGGUGGUAAAUGCUGGAGAGACAUUCAAGCUCGAGGCUGCUGUCUCUGGGAAGCCUGUGCCCACAAUACACUGGAUAAAGGAGGGCAAAGAAAUUUCUGAAGCAGCUCGCCUGGAGCUUAAGAACACAGACUUUACAGCUUGUGUAGUUGUUAAAGAAGCUAUCCGUGUUGAUGGAGGUCAGUACACUUUGCUGGUAAAGAAUGUUGGAGGAGAGAAAUCUGUCAACAUUAAUGUCAAGGUCCUGGACAGACCAGGUCCCCCCGACGGUCCUAUCUCUAUCUAUGGGAUCACCAGUGAGAAAUGCUCCAUUGCUUGGAAAUCUCCCUUGCAAGAUGGAGGCAGCGAUGUGUCCCAUUACAUUGUUGAGAGGAGGGAAACCAGCCGACUGGUUUGGACUGUAGUUGAACAAAAGGUUCAGACCCUGAAUCUGAAGAUCACAAAACUACUUCCUGGCAAUGAGUAUAUCUUCAGAGUGAUUCCAGUCAACAAAUAUGGAGUUGGUGAGCCUCUAGAAUCCGAGCCUAUGAUUGCCAGAAAUCAAUUUGUCACUGCGGACGCUCCAACUGAGGUGGAAAUCUCCACAAUCACCAAAGAGUCCAUGGUCGUGACCUGGGAGAGACCAACUAAUGAUGGUGGCAGUCCCAUCCAGGGAUACGUUGUUGAGAAACGUGACAAAGAUGGUGUGAGAUGGACUAGGUGCAACAAGCGCACAGUGAGUGAGCUGCGUUUCAGAGUGACAGGGCUCCUAGAAAACCACAGCUAUGAAUUCAGAGUCUCUGCUGAAAAUGCUGCCGGUGUUGGCAAACCUAGUGCACCAACAGUGUACUACAAAGCAUUGGAUCCUAUCUUCAAAGCAGGCCCCCCAAACAACCCCAAGGUAGUGGACACGUCUAGGUCCACUGUUUCCCUGACAUGGGGCAAACCCAUCUAUGAUGGUGGCUGUGAGAUCCAGGCUUACAUUGUUGAGGCCUGUGAUGUAGCAUCUGAUGAGUGGUUUAUAUGUACUCCCCCAACUGGAAUCACAGACACCAAGUUUACAGUGACAAAGCUUCUGGAGAAGCAUGAAUACCAAUUCAGAGUGUUCGCCAUCAACAAAGUUGGUGUUGGUGAGCAUGCUGAUAUUGCAGGGAAGAUUCUUCUGGAGGAGAAGCUUGAGGCUCCUGAUCUUGACCUUGAUGCGGAAAUGAGAAAGAUGAUCAACAUUAGAGCAGCAAGCACUCUCAGGCUGUUUGUUCCUGUGAGAGGUCGUCCAGCUCCUGAGGUGAAAUGGGGCAAGGCUGAGGGUGAGAUUAAGGAGACUGCCCAGAUUGAUAAUACAGGCAGCUAUGCUUCACUUGUCAUUGAAAAUGUGGACAGAUUUGACACAGGAAAGUACACCCUGACUGCAGAAAAUGCCAGCGGAGUAAAGUCUGUCUUCAUCAGUGUCAGAGUCCUGGACUCACCUAGUCCACCAGCUAACUUCAUUGUGAAGGAGAUUACCAAGAACUCUGUCACUCUCACAUGGGAGCCUCCACUUCUUGAUGGCGGCUCAAGGAUAAAGCAUUAUAUCGUUGAGAAGCGUGAGAGCACUAGAAAGGUUUAUUCUCCCAUCACUACCUGCAACAAGAUGUCAUGGAAAGUUGAGCCUCUACCAGAGGGUGGAAUCUUCUUCUUCAGAGUCCUGGCUGAGAAUGAAUAUGGCGUGGGUCUCCCUGCCAAAACCUUAGAACCAAUAAAGAUAUCUGAGAAGCCUCAGCCACCUGGUAAAGUUAGUGUUGUGGACGUCACUUCGACCACUGUAACUCUCAGCUGGGAGAAGCCUGAGCAUGACGGCGGCAGUAGGAUCAGUUACUACGAAGUCGAACUGGCACCUAAAGACAGUGAAGCUUGGUCUCUGUGUGCCAGUGGGAAGGCACUGGAGACUGUAGUGACUAACCUACUCAAGGGAGAGGAGUACCAGUUCAGAGUUGUUGCUGUAAAUGACAAGGGUAAAAGUGACCCCAGACAAUUGGCUCACACUGUUGUAACUAAGGACCUUGUGAUUGAGCCUGCUGUUAGACCCAAAGUGAGCACAUACCAUGUCCAGGUAGGAUAUGACCUAAAGAUAGAAGUCCCAAUUGCUGGUCAUCCAAAGCCAACCAUCACUUGGACCAAGGACGGAGCCGCCCUGAAGCAGACAACCAGAGUCAAUGUCACAGACUCACCACGUCUUACCACUCUCACCAUAAAGGAUGCUACCAAAGAGGAUGGAGGAAUGUACAGCAUCAAUAUUGCCAAUACCCUGGGUUCCAAAGAUGCAACUAUUGAGGUUAUUACCCUGGACAAACCAGGCCCACCAACAGGCCCUGUCAAAUUUGAGGAUGUCAGUGCUGAGAGUAUGACUCUUAACUGGGAGCCUCCUACAUAUACAGGUGGCUGCCCUAUCUCCAACUAUGUGGUUGAGAAGAGAGACACAACCACAACCAACUGGGUGGUCAUAUCUGCCACUGUGGCCAGAACAACGCUAAAAGUGGCCAAUCUGAAGACAGGCAGUGAAUACCAGUUCAGAAUCUAUGCUGAGAACAGAUAUGGAAAGAGUUAUGCAAUUGAUUCAGAGCCUGUUGUGGCACAGUAUCCGUUCCAGGAGCCUGGCCCACCAGGAACACCAUUUGUGUCUCUGUACUCUAAAGACUAUAUGGUGGUUGAGUGGCACAAGCCCCCAUCUGAUGGAGGCAGUGCCAUCUUGGGCUACCAUCUGGAGAGAAAGGAGAAGAACAGUAUCCUCUGGACCAAGAUCAACAAAAUGCUCAUCCAAGACUGCAGGUUCAAAUCUACUCCUCUUGAGGAAGGCAUUGAAUAUGAGUACAGAGUCUAUGCUGAAAAUAUAGUUGGCAUUGGAAAAUGUAGCAAAGUUUCUGAGGGGUAUGUAGCCCGUGACCCAUGUUACCCCCCUGGCCGUCCUGAGGCUUUAAUUGUAACUAGGCACUCAGUGAAGCUGAAGUGGACCCCUCCGGAGUAUGAUGGUGGAAGCUUAAUUACUGGCUAUGUAGUGGAGAAACGUGACCUUCCUGAAGGAAAGUGGAUGAAAGCCAGCUUUGCAAAUGUCAUUGAACAUGAAUUCACAGUUACAGGCCUAGUGGAAGACAGUAAAUAUGAUUUCAGAGUAAUUGCAAGGAAUGGAGCUGGUGCUGUCAGCAAGCCCUCUGAAGGCACAGGAUCCAUCACAGCCAAGGAUGAAAUUGAACCACCUAAGUGUGAGACAGAUCCUAUGUACAACCAGACCAUUGUUAUCAAUGCCGGAGAGACUUUCAAUCUGGAGGCCAGUGUGGAAGGAAAGCCCAUCCCCACAGCUCAGUGGUUCAAGGGAAAUGUUGAAGUUGAAAACUCAGCCAGAGCUGAGCUGAAAAACACUGAUUUCAAGGCUUUGCUCCUUGUGAAGGAUGCCAUCAGAGUGGACGGUGGACAGUACACACUGGUUCUUACUAAUGUGGCUGGAAGUAAGACUGUUCCAUUCAGUGUGAAAGUCCUGGACAGACCAGGUCCCUCAGAGGGACCCCUUACUGUCAGCAAUGUCACUGAGGAGAAGUGCUCACUGUCAUGGCUGCCCCCCAGGCACGAUGGAGGAGCUAGCAUUUCUCACUAUGUCAUUCAGAAGAGAGAAACCAGCCGCCUGGCAUGGACAGUUGUGUCAAGUGACUGUGGAGCUACCAUGUUCAAGGUUACCAAGCUGUUGAAGGGCAAUGAGUACAUCUUCAGAAUCAUGGCUGUCAACAAAUAUGGCGUGGGCGAGCCUCUUGAAUCCGCUCCAGUUAUCAUGAGAAAUCCUUAUGUUCCCCCUAGCUCUCCUCAGGAGCUUGAGAUCACUAACAUUACCAGGGACUCCAUGACUGUCUGCUGGAACCGCCCUGAAUCCAAUGGGGGCAGUGAGAUUGUUGGUUACAUUGUUGAGAAGAGAGACAGAGCUGGAGUGAGGUGGACCAAGUGCAACAAACGUAGAGUGACAGACUUGCGUUUCAGAGUAACAGGUCUGACUGAGGACCAUGAAUAUGAAUUCAGGCUAUCUGCUGAGAAUGCAGCUGGAGUGGGUCAGCCAAGCCCACCUACACCGUACCUCAAAGCCUGUGAUCCCUCCUUUGAACCGGGAUGUCCCACCAAUGCCCAUGUGGUCGACACUACUAAAGACACCGUCAGUGUGGCCUGGCACCGGCCUAUCUAUGAUGGUGGUUGUGAGAUUCAAGGAUACGCUGUGGAAAUUACUAAGGCUGAUGAAGAGGAGUGGAGCAUGUGCACCCCACCCUCCGGAGUUAAUGCUACCAAGUUUACCAUCACCAAGUUGAUAGAGCACCAGGAAUACAAGGUGCGCAUAUGUGCUAUCAAUAAGCUGGGUGUUGGCGAGGCUACCGAGGUUGAGGGAGUCGUGAAACCCCUCGAUAAGAUUGAACCUCCAGAAGUGAUUCUGGAUUCAGAGCUCAGAAAGGGAAUAGUUGUCCGUGCAGGAGGCUCAAUGAGAAUCUCCGUUCCAUUCAAGGGCCGUCCUACUCCUGAGAUCAGCUGGGCCAAGGAGGACGGAGCACUGCCCAGUAAAGUUCAGAUUGACACUGGUGAAGAUUACACACAGCUCUCGGUUGACAUCUGUGACAAAUAUGAUGCUGGAAAAUACAUUCUCAACUUGGAAAAUAGCGCUGGCAGCAAAUCAGCCUUUGUCUCGGUUAGAGUUCUGGACACUCCAGGGGCCCCUCUGAAUCUAACCGUAAAAGACAUUAAGAGAGAAAGUGUCACUCUGACCUGGGAGCCUCCUCUUAUUGAUGGUGGUGCAAGGAUCAAAAAUUACCUUGUUGAAAAGCGAGAGUCUACCAGGAUAGUUUACUCUAACGUGGACAACAAGUGCACAAAGACAAGCUACCGUAUCACUGGCCUCACUGAGGGAAUCAUCUACUAUUUCAGAGUCUUGGCUGAGAAUGAGUUUGGCGUGGGACAGGGAGUUGAGACCGAAGACCCAGUUAAGACCUCUGAACCUCCUCUGUCAGUGGGUAAGGUCACUUUGACUGAAGUGACCAAAACCUCUGCUUCCUUCUCCUGGGAGAAGCCAGACCAUGAUGGAGGCAGCAGAAUCAUGGGCUAUUACAUUGAGAUGCAGCCUGUGGGUUCGGAAGAAUGGGUGGUAGCUGCUACAACCAAAACUUGUGAGGGCUCUGUCACAGGCCUAAGUGCAGGCCAUGAGUACCUGUUUAGAGUGUCAGCUUUCAAUGAGAAGGGCAAGAGUGACCCAAGGCCUCUGGCUGCACCAGUCACGGCUAAAGAUUUAACUAUUAAGCCCAGAUUCAAGAUGACGUUCAACACAUACAGUUUACAGGCAGGUGAGGAUCUGAAGAUGGAGAUUCCAGUCAUUGGACGUCCUGUUCCCACGGUUGAAUGGAAGAAAGAUGGACAUGCUCUUAAGGAGACAACCAGGCUGAAUGUGUUAAGCACAGCAUCUUCUACUAAGCUGUGCAUCAAGGAUGCAAAUAGGGAAGACUCUGGUAAAUACACCAUAACAGCCACCAGCAGUAUUGGAACAGCUACAGAGGAGAUCACUGUCAUUAUUCUAGAAAAGCCUGGUCCACCCACAGGCCCUGUGAAGAUUGAGGAAGUUAGCUCUAAUCAUGUCACUCUCUCCUGGGAGCCACCACAGUACACUGGGGGUUGUCAGAUCAACAACUACAUUGUGGAGAAGAGAGACACCACCACAACAGCAUGGCAGAUUGUGUCUGCCACUAUUGCCAGGACAACCAUCAAAGUCAGCAACUUGAAGACUGGAACUGAGUAUCAAUUCAGAGUGUCUGCUGAGAACAGAUAUGGAAAGAGUUCUGCCAUUGUCUCUCCCACUGCUAUUGCUCAGUAUCCAUUCACUGUGCCUGCUGCCCCAGAAACACCAUUUAUUUCUGCUGCAACCAAGGAUAAUAUGGUUGUUGAGUGGAAACCUCCAACCAACAAUGGUGGCAGCCCCGUCCUGGGCUAUCACCUUGAGAGAAAGGAGAAGAACAGCCUCCUGUGGACUAAACUCAACAAACUUCUAAUCCCAGACACACGUUUCAAGACUACAGAGCUGGAAGAAGGUAUUGAGUAUGAAUUCAAAGUUUAUGCUGAGAACAUCGCUGGACUCAGCCCAGCAAGCAAGGUCUCUGAAAGCACUGUAGCCAGGGACCCCUGUGACCCACCAGGCACUCCAGAGGCCAUUCAAAUUACCAGAAAUCAAGUUACACUUCAGUGGACCAGGCCUCAGUAUGAUGGAGGCAGUGCAAUUACUGGCUAUCUGAUCGAAAGGAGGAAGCACCCAGAUACCCGCUGGAUGAAGGCCACCUUCACCAACAUCAUUGAUACCCAGUUCACACUCACCGGCCUUACUGAGGACUGUGUUUACGAGUUCAGAGUCAUUGCCAGGAACGCUGCAGGCAUUUCCAGCCGUCCUUCUCAGAGCACAGGAGAAAUUACUGCUAAAGAUGAAAUUGAGGCUCCAGAGGUCACCAUGGAUGCUAAAUUCAAAGAUAUGACUGUUGUUAGUGCUGGUGAGACAUUUGUCAUUGAUGCUGACUUCACUGGCAAGCCACUGCCUGAAGUCACCUGGAUAAAGGAUGGAAAGGAGAUUGACAAAACCACACCAAGAAUGGAGGUCAAGACCACAAUCACACGUACUGUCCUGACAGUCAAGGAAUGCAUCAGAGUGGACGGUGGCCACUUUGUUCUCAAACUUGUCAAUGUGGGAGGAGUCAAGAUGAUCCCAGUUAAUGUUAAAGUUCUGGAUAGACCUGGUCCACCGGAUGGCCCACUUGAAGUUAAAGGUGUCACAGCUGAAAAAUGUUAUCUGCACUGGAACCAUCCCUCACACGAUGGUGGAGCCAGCAUCUCUCACUACGUCAUUGAGAAGAGAGAGACCAGUCGUUUGUCAUGGACCGUUGUUGAGCCCAAGAUCCAGGCCAUCAGCUACAAAAUCACAAAACUGCUUCCUGGCAAUGAAUACAUCUUCCGAGUCACUGCUGUGAAUAAAUAUGGCGUUGGUGAGCCUUUGGAAUCUGAUCCUGUUAUUGCUCGUAACCCCUUCACCACUCCCAGUGCACCCUCCACCCCAGAGACAAGCGCCAUCACCAGGGACUCCAUAGUGCUUACAUGGGAGAGACCAGAGCAUAACGGAGGAGCUGAGAUUGAAGGGUAUGUCCUUGAAAAACGUGAUAAGGAUGGCAUCAGAUGGACUAAAUGCAACAAGAAGAGGCUGAAUGACCUGAGAUUCAGAUGCACUGGCCUCACAGAGGGCCACUCUUAUGAAUUCAGGAUCUCAGCUGAAAAUGCUGCUGGUGUGGGAAAGCCAAGUGCACCAACUGAAUACAUCAAGGCCUGUGAUGCCAUUUACCCACCAGGACCUCCUAAUAACCCUAAAGUCACUGGCCAUUCAAGCACCACAGUCUCUCUGUCCUGGUCCAGGCCUAUCUAUGAUGGCGGCGCACAGAUCAGCGGAUAUGCUGUUGAAAGGAAGGAGGCAACAGAUGAUGAAUGGAUCACUUGCACACCACCAAGUGGUGUUCAGGCCACCCAAUAUACAGUAAAGCAUCUAAAGGAGAAUGCAGAGUACAACUUCCGCAUCUUUGCCAUUAAUUGUGAGGGAGUAGGAGAGCAUGUGGACUUACCUGGUUCUGUGAUUGCUGCGGAGAAGCUGGAGGCUCCUGAAAUUGAACUAGAUGCUGACCUGAGGAAGAUGGUCAAUGUCCGUGCCUCUGCCAACUUGCGUCUGUUUGUGACAAUCAGAGGAAAGCCCGAGCCUGAGGUCAGAUGGUCUAAGGCUGAUGGCACUUUGAAUGAGCGUGCCCAAAUUGAAGUCACAAGCUCUUACACAAUGCUGGUGAUUGAGAACGUCGAUAGAUUUGACACUGGCAAAUAUGUACUGACCCUUGAGAACCUCAGUGGCUCCAAAUCAGCCUUCAUCAAUGUUAGAGUUCUGGACUCCCCCAGCACACCUACCAACCUUGUAGUUAAGGAUGUGAAGAGAAGUUCUGUCUCUCUCUCCUGGGAGCCUCCUCUAAUAGACGGCGGGGCUAAGAUAUCACACUAUAUUGUGGAGCAGAGAGAGCAAAAGAGAAUGGCUUUCACGAGUGUUUGCACAAACUGUGUGAGGAACUCGUACAUUAUCUCUGACCUGCAGGAAGGAGGCCGGUAUUAUUUCCGUGUGUUGGCUGUGAAUGAGCUGGGAGUAGGUCUGCCUGCCUCCACGGAUCAAGUCAAAGUGGCCGAGGCUCCUUUGCCUCCUGGAAAGGUUCUCCUGGUUGAUGUGACUCGUCACACUGUCACUCUUUCCUGGGAGAAACCGGAUCAUGAUGGAGGCAGCAAGAUAACAAACUUUGUUGUGGAGAUGCAGCCCAAGGGAGAUGACAAAUGGACUGUUUGCAGUGAAGUCAAAGCACUGGAAGCUACAAUUGAUGGACUCACAAGUGGAGAGGAAUACUCCUUCAGGGUGUUUGCAGUGAACGAUAAGGGCAAGAGUGAUGCCAAGCCUCUGGCUACCCCUGUGGUGGUGAAAGACAUCACAGUGGAACCCACCAUCAACCUGUUGUACGACACAUACAGUGUUAAAGCCGGAGAUGACCUGAAGAUUGAUGUUCCCAUCAAAGGCAGACCUCAGCCUGAAGUAUCCUGGAAGAAGGACGGCCAGGCGCUGAAGCAGACGACCAGGGUCAAUGUUCUUACUUCAAAGACCUCAUCCAAGAUUGUCAUCAAGGAAGCAGUCAAGGAGGAUAAAGGAAAUUAUGAGAUUACUCUGACAAACUCGCUUGCCACCAAGACAGCUGUAGUCCACGUUGUAAUCCUUGACAAACCUGGCCCACCCAGCAACAUUAGGAUGGAUGAGGUGAGCGCUGACUUCAUCACACUGUCCUGGGAUCCUCCAACCUACACCGGUGGAUGUCAAAUUAAUAACUAUGUGGUGGAGAAAAGAGACACUACCACAACCUCAUGGCAGAUUGUCUCAGCGACAGUAGCCAGGACAUCAAUCAAGGUGUCCCGUCUCAAUCAGGGAACAGAGUAUCAGUUCCGUGUUGCAGCUGAGAACCGUUAUGGCAAGAGUUCAGCCAUUGACUCUACUCCUGUUAUUGCUCAGUAUCCCUUCGAGCCUCCUGGCCCACCUACCAACGUCCAUGUUUCCCAUGCCACCAAGUACGGCAUGCUCGUGGUAUGGGGCAGACCUGCCAGUGAUGGUGGCAGCCCUGUAAUUGGUUACCACAUUGAAUGCAAAGACCAAAGCAGCAUCCUGUGGACCAAGGUCAACAGAGGUCUGCUGGCUGAGAACCAGUUUAAGAUGACAGGCAUUGAAGAAGGACUGAUGUAUCAGUUCAGAGUCUAUGCUGAGAAUAUUGCUGGAAUUGGUCCAUGCACUAAGGCCAGUGACCCUGUGGCAGCUAGGGAUCCAUGUGAAUCUCCACAUAACCUUAGAGUCACCAACAUUACCAGGACUUCAGUUUCCCUCUACUGGGAUAAGCCAGAAUAUGAUGGCGGAGUAAAGAUAACUGGCUAUAUUGUUGAGCGUAAAGAACUUCCUGAUGGCCGCUGGCUGAAAUGCAACUUCACCAACCUGCAAGACACUUACUUUGAUGUCACAGGCCUCACAGAAGAUGUCCAAUAUGACUUCCAUGUCAUUGCUAAGAAUUCUGCAGAGCUAUUGAGUGCUCCAUCAAAGAGCACUGGUCCUGUCACAGUCAAGGAUGAUGUAGACCCUCCAUCUAUUAUCAUGGAAGACAAGUUCAGACAGCUGGUUGUUGUUAAGGCUGGAGAAGUCAUUCAAAUUGAUGCUGAAAUCACAGGCCGUCCACUCCCAGUUGUCUCAUGGUCAAAGGAUGGAAAGGAGAUUGAGGCAAAGGCCAGGUAUGAAAUCCACUCCACCAACUUUACAACCACAUUUAUUGUCAGAGAUGCCAUCAGGAGGGACUCUGGCCAGUAUGUCCUGACCCUGCACAAUGUGGCAGGAACUAGAUCUGUGGCUGUCAACUGUAAAGUUCUGGACCGACCUGGACCUUCCUCAGGACCAAUGACAGUGACUGGCCUCACAGCUGAGAAAUGCACCAUAACGUGGGGUCCACCUCAAGAGAACGGUGGUGCUGAAAUCAUGCACUACAUUGUUGAGAAACGCGAGACCAGUCGCCUCGCCUGGACUCUUGUCUAUGGUGACAUGAAGGCAACCACCUGUAAAGUAACCAAACUGCUCAAAGGAAAUGAGUACAUCUUCAGAGUCAGGGGAGUCAACAAAUAUGGGGAGGGCGAGGCUCUGGAGAGUGAGCCAGUAAAGGCCUUGGAUCCAUUCACUGUGCCUGCAUCACCCACUAAUGUUCAGGUCACCUCAGUUACAGGUGAGGCAAUGACCAUCUGUUGGGAAAGACCAACGUCUGAUGGUGGCAGCAGUAUCUCCGGCUAUGUCAUUGAGAAGCGAGAGAAGACUGGCCUUCGCUGGUGCCGUGUCAACAAGAAACCGGUUUAUGAUCUCAGAGUCAAGGCUUCACACCUUCGUGAAGGCAGCGAGUAUGAAUACAGAGUUUUUGCAGAGAACGCUGCUGGCCUUAGUGCUCCCAGCAUCCCUUGCCCACUCACCAAGGCUGAAGACCCACAGUUCCUGCCUUCACCUCCUGCUAAGCCUAAGAUCAUCGACUCUACAAAGACCACAGUCACCCUGUCAUGGAACAAGCCAUUAUUUGAUGGUGGAGCACCUGUUACUGGUUACAGAGUUGAAUACAGGAAUACUUUAGAUGAUGAAUGGAUUGUUGGAGUCCAGAAUACCAAAAACACAGAGUUUACAGUGGUUAAAUUGACACCUGGUGCUGAAUACGUGUUUGUUGUCAAGUCCAUUAACAAGAUUGGAGUCAGUGAGCCCAGUCCUGAGACAGACAAACAAAUCGCCAAAGAAAGAGAGGAAGAACCGGUCUUUGACAUCAGCAAUGAGAUGAGGAAGACUCUUAUUGUGAAGGAUGGAAGCUCAUUUACCAUGACCGUGCCCUUCAGAGGCAAACCCAUCCCCAGUGUUACGUGGUCUAAGCCUGAUGUUGACCUUAGAGUUCGUGCUGCCAUUGAAACCACAGACACCUUCACGUCUAUCACCGUGGAGAAAGCAACUCGCGACGACUCUGGAAAAUACACCAUCACCUUGUCUAGCGUAGUUGGAACAACCUCCGCGACACUCAAUGUUCGAGUUUUGGAUUCCCCUGGACCUCCUGCCCGUAUAGAGGUCAAGGACGUGACGAGGACCUCUGCUACCAUAACCUGGGACACUCCUGACAAUGAGGGCGGAGGACCAGUCAAGAACUACCUUAUUGAUAUCCGUGAGGCCAGCAAGAAAGGCUGGACCAGGUUGACCGACACAUGCCACAGAAUGACUUACAAGGUCACAGACGUGCAGGAGGGAGAAGUCUACUACUUCAGAGUGACGGGCGAGAAUGAGUACGGUGUUGGGGUUUCUGCUGAGACCACAGUAGGAACCAAGAUCACAGAAAAACCAAGCCCACCACCCAAGCUGGGUGUGACGGAUGUGACCAAGGAGAGCGUCUCGCUGGCCUGGGCUAAACCAGAACAUGACGGAGGCAGCAGAAUUACUGGGUACCUGGUGGAGGCUCUGGAGAACGGGCAGGAGAAGUGGGUUAAAUGUGGUGUAACCAAGUUCGUACACCUGACGGUGUCUGGUCUGAGGGAGAACGCUGAGUACUUCUUCAGAGUCAGAGCAGAGAACCACGCUGGCUUCAGUGAUGUUAAGGAAAUGCUAACCCCAGUAGUGGUCAAAGACCAGUUUGAAUCUCCUGAGAUCGACAUGAAGGACUUCCCCCACAACACCGUGUAUGUGAGAGCCGGCUCCACGCUCAAGUGUGAGAUUCCUCUGAGCGGCCGGCCUUUGCCUAAAGUCUCCCUGUCCAAGGAUGACGUGCUGCUGAAGUCAACGAUGAGGUUCAACUCCGAAGUCACCCCUGACAGCAUCAAGAUCAUUUUGCGCGAGAGCAUUGCUGGAGACACAGGACGCUACGACAUCACCGCCUCCAACUCCAACGGAACCACCAAAUCCUUUUUGAACAUUAUGGUUCUGGACCGCCCCAGUGCCCCAGUUGGACCUGUGGAACUCUUUGACGUCACAGAGGACAGCGUGAGCCUGAACUGGCUCCCACCGACAUAUGAUGGUGGCAGCCCCAUCACCAACUACAUCAUCCAGAAGAGAGAGACAACCAAUGCAAACUGGAUGGAUGUUUCAUCGGCUGUGGCCCGCUGCACCAUGAAGAUCAUGAAGCUGACCACAGGCCUCGAGUACCAGUUCAGAAUCAGGGCUGAGAACAGAUAUGGAAUCAGUGAGCACAUCGACUCUCCGACUGUCGCUGUCAAUCUUCCUUACACUAUUCCUGAAGCCCCGUCGACUCCGGAGAUCACCAACGUGACCCGGGAGACCGUCACCGUGGCCUGGAAGGAGCCAAAGUCGGACGGCGGCAGCCACGUGUUUGGCUACCAUCUCCAGAUGAAAGACCGGAACAGCAUCCUUUGGCAGAGAGUCAACAAAACGGUGAUCCGCGCCACACACUUCAAGGUCACCAGCAUCAACGCCGGACUCAUCUAUGAGUUCAAGGUGGCGGCAGAGAACGCGGCUGGAAUCAGUCCCUUCAGCAAGACCUCCGAUGCAGUUCUGGCGAUCGACGCCUGCGAGCCCCCCAUCGACCUGCGUAUCAGUGACAUCACCAAGAACACCAUCAGCCUGGCGUGGCACAGGCCCAACUACGACGGCGGCUCCCCGAUCACGGGCUACAUCAUCGAGAAGAGAGAGGGCGCUAGUGCUAAGUGGUCCAAGGCUAACCUCACCAACGUCACCGACACCCGCUUUGCCGUGACCGGCCUCACCCAGGACCAGUCCUACGAGUUCCGAGUCUUGGCGAGGAACGCCGUGGGCUCCGUUAGUAGCCCGUCCAUAACCGCGGGACCAGCCACCUGCGUGGACACCUACGGUGCACCAGAGAUUGAAAUACCUCAGGAGUACUUCAGCGAGGUGAAGUACCGGGCUGAGUCUAACGUGGAGCUCAGGUUCAACAUCACGGCCAAACCGGCUCCCACCAUCGAGUGGUUCAAGGACGGCAGGGAGCUGCAGCCCAGCGCCCAGCUCGCCUUCAAACACACGUUUGAGUCCACCAGCUUGUUCCUGAAGGACACCACCCGGCUGAACUCUGGGCUGUACGAGGUCCGGGUGAAGAACUCCCUGGGAACCGCAUGUGCCACAGUCAGGCUGCUCAUUCAAGACAAGUCCGGCCCCCCUGCUGGAGAGAUCCAGUUCAAGAAGGUGACCGCCAACAACAUCACCAUCAUGUGGUCCCCUCCGGCCGACGAGGGCGGCGCCAUGGUAACGCACUACAUCGUGGAGAAGAGGGAGACGAGCAGGGUCAUGUGGUCCAUCGUCUCGGAGAAGCUGGUGGACUGCAUCGUCAACGUGCCCCGACUCAUCCCGGGCAACGAGUACAUCUUCAGGGUCCGCGGGGUCAACAAGUACGGCAUCGGGGACCCGCUGGAGUCCGAGCCCAUCAUCGCCAAGAACGCCUUCGUUCCUCCAAGCGAGCCGUCUAAGCCCAAAGUGACCAUGAUCACCAAGUCCACCAUGACGGUGAUCUGGGAGAGACCGGCGCUGGACGGAGGCAGCGACAUCGACGGCUACUACCUGGAGAAGAGGGAGAAGAAGAGUCUGCAGUGGUUCAAGGUGGUGAAGGGAACCAUCCGGGACACCAGGCAGAAGGUCACCGGCCUGGUGGAGAACUGGGAGUACCAGUACCGGGUCUGUGCCGUCAACAAGGCCGGAGCAGGGAACUACUCGGAGGCUUCAGACCUCUACAAGGCCUACGACCCCAUCGAUCUUCCUGGGGAGCCCUCCAAGCUGCGUGUCCUGGACUCCACAAAGACCUCCAUCACCCUCGGCUGGGAGAGGCCGGUCUACGACGGCGGCAGUGACAUCACGCACUACAUUUUGGAACAGAUGAACACAGAGGAAAAAGAAUGGGUGGUCACCAACCCCCAGGUCAAGGGCUGCGAGUACGUGGUGUCCCACCUCAAACCUGGAGUCUACUACUUCUUCAGGGUCUCCGCUGUCAACUGCAAGGGCAAAGGAGAAGACAUCAAGAUGUACCAGCCUCUGCAAGCCAAAGACAUCUUGGAGGAGGCCGAUUUGGACUUAGAUGUUCCCAUGACGACCCAGUACACCGCCAGGGCCGGCCGUGACGUGGAAGUGUUCAUCCCUCUGAAGGGACGCCCCGCUCCCGGCGUCACGUGGCGCCGUGGCGACCGCAACAUCGCCGGUGACAACCGCUACACCAUCACCAACACCGAGCGGGCCACCACGCUCCUCAUCCCCAAGGUCACCCGUGACGACCGCGGCAAGUACCUGCUGGAGAUCGAGAACGGCGUCGGAGAACCCAAGAUUAUCACCGUCUCCCUUAAAGUUCUGGACAGUCCGGCCACGUGCCAGAAGCUGAUGAUCAAGAAUGUGACGAGAGGGAAGCUGACCCUGAGCUGGGAGGCUCCUCUCAUCGAAGGCGGGUCCCCCGUCACGCACUACAUCGUGGAGAAGAAGGCGUCCACCAUGAAGGCCUACCAGGUGAUCUGCGCCGAAUGCACCAACACCACUUACAAGGUGUCCGGCCUGGAGGAGGACGUUGCGUACUUCUUCCGUGUGUCUGCUGAAAAUGAGUACGGCGUGGGAGACACCUGCGAAACCACCGAGCCCGUAAGAGCUACCGAAACCCCUGGAGCCGUUAAAAACCUGGUGAUGCUGGACUCCACGAAGACCUCCGUGACCCUGCAGUGGACUAGGCCCGACCACGACGGCGGUAGCCACAUCACCGAAUACAUUGUUGAAAAGAGAUCCCAGGAAGAUCCCACAUGGACUUUGGGGGGGACAUGCAAGCGCUUCACCUGCGAGGUGACGGGGCUGAAAGAGAACGCCGUCAUGGACUUCAGGGUGUUCGCCAAGAACGAGAAGGGCAACAGUGACUUCUCCCUGAUUGGCCCGAUCACCGUAAAGGACUUCAUCAUUCUACCUGAGGCCAACCUCAUUGACUACCCCAACGGAGAGCUUCCUGUUCGCAUCGGUCAGAACAUCCACAUUGAGUUACCCUUCAAGGGUAAACCAAAACCCGCAAUCAGCUGGCUGAAGGACAACUUGCCCCUGAAGGAAAGUGACAAGAUCCGCUUCAGGACUACAGACAACAAGACCGCAGUCACGGUCAGAGGAGCCAAGAAGGAGCAUGCCGGCCAGUACACCUUGGUUCUGGACAACAGAGUCGUCAAGAACUACUUUGACAUCAAUGUGACCAUUUUGUCCCCCCCGUCGGUGCCUGUUGGUCCCAUCCGGUUUGAUGAGAUUAAGGCCCAGAGCAUCAUCAUUUCCUGGGAUGAGCCAAAGGACAACGGGGGCGGCGAGAUCACGUGCUACAGCGUGGAGAAGCGGGAGACCUCCCACGCCAACUGGAAGAUGGUUUGCUCCAGUGUCGUCAGGGCCAACUUCAAGAUCCCCAACCUGGUCAAGGGAACCCAGUACCAGUUCAGAGUCCGUGCAGAGAACAAGUAUGGAGUCAGUGAAGCCCUCACCUCCACAGAAGUCGUUGCCCAGCACCAGUUCAAACCUCCAGGGCCCCCAGCAAAACCCGUGGCCUUCAACAUCACCUGUGAUGGUAUGACCAUUAAGUGGGAGGCCCCGGCCUUUGAUGGAGGAUCCCCCAUUUUGGGCUAUCAUGUUGAAAAGAAGGACAGGAACAGCCUCCUGUGGCAGAAGGUGAACUCCACCAUCAUCUCCAAACGAGAGUACAGGAUCAUCGGUCUCAUCGACGGUCUGGAGUACUCCUUCAGAGUUUACGCUGAGAACAACGCCGGACUUAGUCCUGUUAGCGAACAGAGCAAACAUGCACUCGCUGUCUCCCCUGUUGAUCCACCUGGCACCCCCGUCUGCAUCGAUGUGACCAGAGAUUCGGUCACCCUGCAGUGGGACAUCCCCAAGAGGGACGGUGGAAGCAACAUCGUGGGCUACAGCGUGGAGCGGCGCCAAGGCCGAGGCAAAUGGCUGCGAUGCAACUUCACCGACAUCUGCGAGACCCAGUUCACGGUCACGGGUCUGGCUGCCGGGGACAGAUUCGAGUUCAGGGUUAUCGCCAGAAAUGCUGUGGGCACCGUCAGUCCACCAUCCAACUCCUCUGGAUCCAUUAUGACCAAGGACGAGAGCAUUUCCCCUGAUAUCGAGUGGUCUCCAGACCAGGCUCUUACCCUGAGGGCCGGUGAGAAUAUUAAGCUCAGCUGCAAGAUCACUGGACGUCCCCUCCCCCAGAUCAUCUGGUACAAAGACGGCAAAGAGGUGGACAAGAGGACCAUGUUUGACAUUGAGAUUACCACCGGCAUCGGCACCAGCAGCGUUUUUGUUCGCGAUGCUGACAGGAGCCAUCGUGGCAUCUACACCAUCGAGGCCAAGAACAGCUCCGGGUCCAAGAAAGCUGAAGUCAACGUCAGAGUACAAGAUACCCCCGGACCUGUCGACGGUCCCAUCCGUUUCACCGGCAUCACUGCUGAGAAGUGCACCGUGUGGUGGAACCCGCCGGAGAACGACGGCUGCGCCGCCAUCACCCACUACGUGGUGGAGAAGAGGGAGACGUCCAGGAUCUCCUGGGCCACCGUCACCUCCAAAUGUGAAGCCUGUUCCUACAACGCCGCCAACCUCAUCAAGGGCAACGAGUACCAGUUCAGGAUCUCGGCUGUCAACAAGUUCGGUGUUGGCAAACCACUCGACUCUGAUGCCUUCAUCGCACAGAUGCAAUACACUGUGCCCGACGCCCCUGGUACCCCCGACGCCACCCAUGUGACAGGAACCAGCAUCACGUUGUGCUGGACCAGGCCGAGGACGGACGGAGGCAACGAGAUCAAGCACUACAUCCUGGAGAGGAGGGAGAAGAAGAGCCUGCGCUGGCUGAAGGUGUCCUCCAAGAGGCCCAUCACAGAGCUGAGACACCGGGUCACCAACCUGACCGAGGGCAACGAGUACGAGUUCCGCGUCAUGGCUGAGAACGGCGCCGGCAUCGGACCGACUAGCAGCACGUCCAGGCUCUUCAAGUGCAGGGAACCAACCAGCGCCCCUAGCGCCCCCACACUGAUCAAGGUGACUGACUCCACCAAGUCCUCCGUCAGCCUGGAAUGGACCAAGCCCGUGUUCGACGGCGGCUUGGAGAUCAUUGGCUACAACAUCGACAUGUGCAAGGCCAGUCUGGAGGAGUGGCACCGAGCCAACAACCAGCUCUGCAUCCACACCAGAUACACCGCCAAGGGCCUGACGCCUGGCGAGCUCUACAAGUUCAGGGUCAGUGCCGUGAACAAGUCCGGAGAGGGCGACGCCUCCGUGUUGGCGAGCGCCGUCCAGGCUCUGGACCGACUGAGAUCUCCAGAGAUCGACAUUGAUUCCAACUUCAAGCAGACUCACAUCGUGAAGAACGGCGGCACCGUCACACUCCAGAUCGCCUUCCACGGCAAACCAGCUCCCCUUGCCACCUGGUCCAAGGUAGACGGGGAUCUCCCCGUUAUGGGCGACAUCAACACCACAGACUGCAUGUCGACUCUGACCAUCGAGGGGUGCACCAGGUACGAAGCCGGAAAAUACACCCUGUCCCUGGAGAACAACAGCGGGCGCAAGGCCAUCACGUUCACCGUCAAAGUCCUGGACACGCCCGGACCCCCUGGAGCCAUCAACUUCAAAGACAUCACCCGCGGAGCGUUGACCAUGAUGUGGGACGCCCCGACCAAUGACGGCGGAGCCCGCAUCCACCACUACAUAGUGGACAAACGCGAGGCAAGCCGCCUGGCCUGGCAGGAAGUCAGCACCAAGUGCUCACGGCAAAUGAUUAAGGUGACCGGGCUGGACGUUGGGGUGCCGUAUCUGUUCAGGGUGAUCGCCGUGAACCAGUAUGGCCAGGGAGAACCUCACGAGAUGACGGAGCCCAUCAUCGCCACGGAGGAACCCUCUCCGCCCAAGAGACUCGACGUUGUCGACACAACCAACUCCUCGGCCUCGCUGGUGUGGCUGAAGCCCGAGCACGACGGAGGCAGCCGCAUCCGAGGCUACAUCGUUGAGUUCAGAGCUAAAGGCACCGACCGCUGGGUUGUCGGCGGAGAGACCAAAUCCCAGAAGAUGCUGUUGGAGGGUCUGACUGAGAACACAGAGUACGACUUCAGAGUCAAAGCCAAGAACGACGCGGGGACCAGCGAGCCGCAGGGCACCUUCGGCUCCGUGGUCAUCAAGGAGCCCCGCAUCGAACCCACCGCCGACCUCAGCGGCAUCACCAACCAGCUGGUCACCUGCAAGAUGUCCAACACCUUCACCAUCGACAUCCCCAUCAGCGGCCGGCCGGCGCCCAAAGUCACCUGGAAGCUGGAGGAGAUGAAGCUGAAGGAGAGCGACCGGGUCUCCAUCAGAACCACGAAGGAGUCCACCACCCUGGUAGUGAGAGACAGCAAGAGGAGCGACAGCGGCAAGUACUUCCUGAUCUUAGAGAACGUCGCCGGCGUCAAGACCUUCACGGUGACCGCGAUGGUGGUCGGCAGACCGACUCCGCCCACAGGCCCCGUGAAGAUCUCCGAGGUCUCCUCCGAGUGCUGCACCCUGUCCUGGGACGAGCCGGCCGACGACGGCGGCAGCGACAUCACCAACUACAUCGUGGAGAAGCGAGAGUCCGGAUCGGCGUCCUGGCAAGUCGUGAACUCCAGCGUGAAGAGGACCACCAUCAAAGUGACUCACCUCACCAAGUACAUGGAGUACACCUUCAGGGUCUGCGCCGAGAACAAGUUCGGAGUCAGCAAGUCCACCGAGUCGGCAGCCGUCGUCAUCGAGCAUCCAUACGUUGCUCCAAGUCCUCCAUCUCGUCCUGAUGUGGUCUCUGUGUCCGCUAACGCCAUCAACAUCAAAUGGGACUUGCCCUACGCCGACGGGGGCAGCAAGGUGUCGGGCUACUGGAUCGAGAAGAAGGAGAGGAACACCAUCCUGUGGGUGAGGGAGAACAAGCUGCCCUGCCUCGAGUGCCAUUACAAGGUGUCCAACCUGAUUGAGGGCCUGGAGUACCAGUUCAGGGUCUACGCCAUGAACAUCUCCGGACUCAGCAAGGCCAGCGAGGCUUCAAGACCCGUGGUGGCGCUCAAUCCUGUUGAUCCUCCUGGAAAGCCCGAGGUGACGGACAUCACCCACUCCUCCGUGUCCCUGUGCUGGACCGUGCCGGCCAACGACGGCGGCAGCAAGAUCGUGGGCUACGUGGUGGAGAGGAAAGUCUACAGCGCAGACGAAUGGGACGACAACCGCUGGCUCAAGUGUAACUACACCACCAUCAGCGAGAACUACUUCACCGUCACCAACCUGGGGGAGGGGGAGACCUACGAGUACCGCAUCAUCGCCAAGAACGCCGCCGGAGUCCACAGCGCUCCCUCCGACAUCAUCGGACCAAUCACAUGCAAGGACGAAUACUCGCCUCCGAAGGCGGAGCUGGACAGCAAGCUGGUCGGGGAGACGGUGGUGGUCACCGCCGGCUCGGACCUGGUGCUGGACGGCGCCGUGGGGGGUAAGCCCGAGCCCACGGUGUACUGGUCCAAGGGAGACAAGGUCCUGGAGCUCGGGGAGAAGUACUCGCUGAGCUACACCUCCACCCGGGCCAUGGCCGUCAUCAAGAGCUGCAACCGCUACGACACGGGCCGCUACGUCCUCACGGUGAAGAACGCCAGCGGAGUCAAGAUGGCCGCCGUCACCGUCAAAGUCCUGGACACCCCCGGCGCUCCGGCCGAUAAGAUCACCAUCAGCAGGGUGACGGAGGAGAAGUGCACCGUCUCCUGGAAGAUCCCCCUGGAGGACGGCGGGGACAUCGUGUCCCACUACAUCGUGGAGCGCCGCGAGACCAGCCGCCUCAACUGGGUCAUCAUGGAGAGCGAGUGCAAGACGCUGUCCUGCGUCAGCAGCCGGCUGAUCAAGAACAACGAGUACGUGUUCCGGGUCCGAGGAGUCAACAAGUACGGCGUCGGCGUCCCCCUGGAGUCUGACCCCGUCAUCGCCAGGAACGCCUACACCAUCCCGUCCCAGCCGGGCACCCCCGAGGCCACGGGCGUGGCUAAAGAGCACGUCGUCAUCGAGUGGCUGAAGCCCGAGAGCGACGGAGGCAGCGAGAUCAAGACCUACCUGGUGGACAAACGGGAGGCCAGCAGCACCAGGUGGACCCGGGUCAAUAAGAACUACACCAUCUACGACACCCGUCUGAAGAUCACGGGCCUGCUGGAGGGCAGCGAGUACCAGUUCAGGGUGACUGCGGUCAACGCCGCCGGGGACAGCCAGCCCAGCGACGCCUCGGCCUACAUCCUCUGCAAAGACCCCACAUAUACCCCGGCUCCCCCGUCCACGCCGCGCAUCACGGACACGACCAAGCACAGCAUCAGCAUGACGUGGACGCGGCCCAUGUACGACGGCGGCUCGGACGUCAGCGGCUACGUGGUGGAGAUCCUGGAGGAGGGCACGGAGCAGUGGUACCGCGCCACCGCCAAGGCCCUCAGCACCAACCAGUACGUGGCCGCCGGCCUGGCAGCCAAUAAGAAGUACCGGUUCAGGGUCGCCGCCGUCAACCGCAAAGGCACCGGCGAGUUCAGCGAACCCAGCGCCGAGGUGGAGCCGCUGGAGAGGACCGAAAUGCCGGACCUGGAGCUGGCCGAGGACCUGAAGAAGACGGUGUGCGUGCGUGCCGGAGGAACCCUGCACCUGGUGGUGCACGUGGGGGGGCGCCCGACCCCCGUGGUGACCUGGAGGAAGACGGGGGUGGAGCUGCAGCGCCGCGGCUACAUCGAGACCACCGAGAGCUCCACGUCCCUGAUGAUGGAGAAGGUCAACCGCUACGACUCGGGCAAAUACACCGUGGAGGCGGAGAACCCGUCUGGCAAGAAGACCGCCGUCAUCCUGGUCAAGGUCUAUGACACCCCCGGUCCCCCCGGUGCCGUGAAGGUGAAGGACUACACCAAGGAGUCGGUGGUGAUCACGUGGGACGUGCCGAGCAUCGACGGCGGCGCCCACAUCAGCAACUACAUCGUGGAGAAGCGCGAGGCGACGAUGAAGUCGUACAGGACGGUGACCACCGAGUGCCGCAAGACGCUGUUCCGCAUCGGCGGCCUGGAGGAGGGCGUGCACUACUUCUUCAGGGUGCUGCCGGAGAACAUCUACGGCGUGGGCGAGCCCUGCGAGACCGCCGAGGCCGUGCUGGUGUGCGAGGUGCCGUCGGUGCCGCAGGACCUGCAGGUGCUCGACGUCACCAAGGCGACGGUGACGCUGCGCUGGGAGAAGCCGCUGCACGAAGGCGGCAGCCGGCUCACCGGAUACGUCAUCGACGCCUGCAAGGUGGGCACGGACAGGUGGAGCACCGUGGCGACGGUGAAGGCCUCGGUGUCCCAGCACACCGUCCAGUCCCUGGUGGAGAACGACCAGUACCUGUUCAGGGUCCGGGCCACCAACAGCAGGGGGGCCAGCGAGCCCAUGGACACCGUCACCCCCGUCACCAUCCAGGACAUCAAGGUGAUGCCGAAGAUCGACAUGACCAGCAUCCCUCAGAAGAUCGUGUACGUGCACCGCGGCAAACCCAUCGACCUGAACCUGCCCAUCAGCGCCAGGCCGCUGCCCGUCUGCUCCUGGUUCUUCGGGGGCGCCAAGCUCAAGGACAGCCUGGACCGCAUCAAGAUCGACAGCACCGCCAAGUCCAGCCGCCUCGUCAUCCGCGAGACCACCAUCAACGACACCGGGCGCUACUCGCUGGAGGUGAAGAACGCCGUCGGCACGGCAACCGAGGUCAUCAAGGUCAUCAUCCUCGACAAGCCCGGCGUCCCGGUGGGUCCGGUGAAGAUCGAGGAAACCGACGGCGUGUCGGUGACGGUGAGCUGGGAACCGCCGGAGAAGGACGGCGGCGCCAACGUCAGCGGCUACGUGGUGGAGCAGCGCGACGCCCACCGCCCCGGCUGGGUCACCGUCUCGGAGUCGGUCACGCGGCCCUGCUACAAGUUCACCAGGCUGACCGAGGGCACCGAGUACGUGUUCCGCGUCGCCGCCAUGAACCGCUUCGGCGUCGGCAGCUUCCUGCAGUCGGAGGUGGUGGAGUGCAAGAGCCCCAAGACGGUCCCGGGACCCCCCAGCAGGCCGGAGGUCCUGGACGUGACCCACGAGGGCAUGACGCUGACGUGGCGCCCCCCCGAGGACACCGGCGGCUCCACCAUCGCCGGCUACAUCAUCGAGCGCAAGGAGGCGGGCUCGGAGCGCUGGAUGAAGAUCAGCAAGAACCCGGUCACCAUGACGCGGUUCCGGUCCUCGGGUCUGAUCGAGGGUCUGGAGUACGAGCACCGCGUCACCGCCAUCAACUCCAGGGGGGCGGGCAAGCCCAGCGAGACCUCCGCCAUCACCGUCGCCAUGGAUCCCAUCGAGCCACCAGGGGUCCCGGUCCAGCCCCGGGUCACCGACUCCACCCGGAGCUCCGUGUCCCUGGCCUGGCUGCCGCCGGAGGAGGAGGGCGGCUCCGUCAUCACCGGGUACUUCAUCGAGAUGCAGAAGGUGGACCAGGUGGAGUGGACCCUGUGCAACACCACGCCCACCAAGAUGUGCGAGUACACGCUGACCCACAUGCCGCAGGGCGCCGAGUACAAGUUCCGGGUCGUGGCGUGCAACGCCGGCGGCACCGGGGAGCCCGCGGAGGUUCCUGGAGUCGUCAAAGUCCAGGAGAUGCUGGAUUACCCCGACUACGAGCUGGAGCGUAAGUACGAGGAGGGCUACGUGGUGCGGCAGGGCGGAGUCAUCCGUCUGUCCGUGCCCAUCCGGGGUAAACCCAUCCCGACCUGCAAGUGGACGAAGGACGGCCGCGACAUCUCGCACCGCGCCAUGAUCGCCACGCACGAUGACAUCACCGAGCUGGUCAUCAAAGAGGCGCACAAAGAUGACACGGGCAGCUAUGACCUGGUGCUGGAGAACAAGUGUGGCCGCAAGGCCGUCUACAUCAAGGUGAAGGUGAUUGGCCGCCCCGACGUCCCAGAAGGCCCUCUGGAGUUUGACGACAUUCAGAUCCGAUCGGUGCGGGUCAGCUGGAGACCGCCGUCGGACGAUGGCGGCGCCGACAUCCUGGGCUACAUCGUGGAGCGCCGCGAGGUGCCGAAGGCCGCCUGGUGCACGGUGGACUCGCGGGUGACCGAGACCUCCCUGGUGGUGAAGGGCCUGAAGGAGAACGUCCAGUACCACUUCAGGGUCUCCGCCGAAAACCAGUUCGGCGUCAGCAGAUCUCUGAAGUCGGACGAGGCCGUCACGCCGAAAACACCGCUCUGCCCACCAGAACCUCCCAGCAACCCUCCAGAGAUCAUGGAGGUAACCAAGACAACGGUGUCUCUGUCCUGGGCCCGGCCCCGGGACGACGGCGGGUCCCGCGUCACAGGAUACUACGUGGAGAGGAGGGAGGUGUCCACGGAGAAGUGGGUCCGACACAACAAGACCCACAUCACCACCACCAUGUACAACGUCAGCGGCCUCAUCCCCGACGCCGAGUACACGUUCAGGGUGGUGGCGCAGAACGAAGUGGGGCUCAGCGAGGCCGGGCCCGCCUCAGAGUCCGUGGUCUGCAAAGAGCCUUUCGACAAACCCAGCCAACCGGGAGAGAUCGACAUCAUCUCCGUGACCAAAGACUGCAUCACCAUCCACUGGCUGCGGCCAGAGCACGACGGCGGCAAAGAGAUCCUGGGCUACUGGAUCGAGUUCAGGCAGGCCGGAGAGACCGCCUGGAAGAAAUGCACCAAGGAGCGCUCCAAGGACCGCCAGUUCACCAUGGGGGGCCUGAUGGAAGCCACCGAGUACGAGUUCAGGAUCUUCGCUGAGAACGAGACCGGACUGAGCCGACCGCGCCGCACGCCCAUGGGCAUCAAGACCAAACUGAGCGUUGGUGAGGCUCCGGCCCUGAAGGAAGACGUCCAGGACGUCACCACCAAGCUCGGCGAGUCGGGGACUCUGACCUGCGGCAUCGUUGGCAGACCGCUGCCGGAGAUCAAGUGGUACCGCUACGGCAAGGAGCUGAUCCAGAGCCGCAAGUACAAGAUGAGCUCGGACGGGCGGAACCACUCGCUGAGCAUCCUGACGGACGAGCAGGAGGACGAGGGCCAGUACAGCUGCCGGGCCGUCAACGAGGCCGGCGAGGUGGAGGCCAGCGGCAAGCUGCGCCUGCAGGCCGCGCCGCAGUUCCACCCCGGCUACCCGCUGAAGGAGAAGUACUUCGCCGGCGCCGGCACCAGCCUCCGGCUCCACGUGGUCUACAUCGGGCGCCCCAUCCCCCAGAUCAUGUGGUUCUACGGCAAGAAGCCCCUGAACGCGUCCGAGAACGUGAUCAUCGAGAACACGGAGAGCUACACCCACCUGGUGGUGAGGAACGUCCAGAGGAAGACCAACGCCGGCCGCUACAAGGUGCAGCUCAGCAACGUGUACGGCACCAUCGACACCGUGCUCCGCGUGGAGAUCCAAGAUAAACCAUGCAUCCCCGAGGGCCCCAUCGUGGUUGAAGGCCUGCGGAAGAGCUCCAUCACCAUCAGCUGGAAGCCCCCCAAAGACGACGGCGGCUCCAUGAUCACCAACUAUAUCGUGGAAAAACGCGAGGCCAAAGAAGGCGAGCAGUGGAACCUGGUGUCCUCCUCCGUCUCUGGCACCACCUGCCGUGUCCCCAACCUGAUUGAGAGCGCCGGAUACUACUUCAGAGUGUCUGCCCAGAACCAGUACGGAGUCAGCGAGUCUCUGGAGAUCCCGUCCGUGGUCAUCAUUAAGAGUCCAUUCGAAAAACCUGGCAUCCCACAGCAGCCCUUCAUCAUCAGCUCCACCAAGGACUCGUGCGUCGUGUGCUGGAAGCCUCCGAGCAGCGACGGUGGUGCUAAAAUCACCAGCUACUACCUGGAGAAGCGUGAGAAGAAGCAGAACAAGUGGAUGUCAGUGACCAGUAAGAAAUUUGUGGAGACCAGCUUCGAGGUCACGGCGUUGCUCGAGGGCUUCGAAUACGAGUUCCGGGUCAAGUGUGAGAACAUGGGCGGCGAGAGCGACUGGAGCGAGAUCUCAGCGCCAAUCAUCCCCAAGUCAGACCAGUCUCCUCGCGCUCCCGCCUUCAGGGAGGAGAUCAGGGAUAUGACCGUCAAAUACCACGCCAACGCCACAUUGGUCACCAAGGUGGUGGGACAUCCCAAGCCUGUGGUGAAAUGGUACCGCAGUGGAAAGGAGAUCCAGGCCGAUGGAACCAAGAUCAAAGCCCAGGAGUUCAAGGGCGGCUACUACCAGCUGGUCAUCGUCUCCGCCGACGAGACGGACGCUACCGUUUACCAAGUCAGAGCCACCAACUCGUCAGGAUCCAUCUCUACAACUGCCAAUCUGGAGGUGGAAGUUCCUGCUAAGAUCCACCUGCCCAAGGAGCUCCAGGGAAUGGGAUCAGUCAACGCUGUCCGUGGGGAUAACAUCACCAUCAAGAUCCCCAUCUCUGGCAAACCGGAGCCAGCAAUUACUUGGCAGAAGGGUCAGGAGAUUCUCUCCAACUCUCUGUAUCACCAAGUCAUCACUACCAGGUCAUUCACGUCCCUCGUCUUCCAGAAGGGAGUGCAGAGGAAGGACACUGGCUACUACAUCAUUACUGCAAAGAACAGGUUCGGUACGGACAAACAAACCAUUGAGGUGAACGUGGCCGACAUACCUGAGCCUCCAAAGGGACUGGUUGUCAGCGACAUUACCCGGGACUCCAUCACGUUGACCUGGGAGCCUCCUGCCAACGACGGCGGAAGUGACAUCAUUGGCUACAUCGUGGAGAAAUGUCCCACAACUGCGGACAGAUGGAUCCGCGCAGGACACACCGCCGACUGCAGCAUCACAAUCAUCAACAUGUUCGGAAAGACCAAGUACCAGUUCCGUGUCAUCGCCGAAAACCAGUUUGGCCUGAGCGCUCCUUGUCAGCCGACUGAGCCGAUCACAACAAAGGAAGACACGUCCGUGAUCAGGAAUUAUGACGAGGAAGUGGAUGAAACAAGAGAGGUCACCAAGGAGGAGGCUCUGUCCUACAAGGUAAAGGAGCUGUCAUCCAAGUACGUCAUCUCUGAGGAGCUUUCUCGCUGCCAGUUCGGAGUGGUCCACCGCUGCACGGAGAUCGCCACCAAAAAGACCUUCAUGGCCAAGUUCAUCAAAGUCAAAGGAACCGACCGUGAGUUGGUUCUCCGAGAAAUCGAAGCCCUCAACGUAGCAAGGCACAAGAAUGUCAUCUAUCUGCAUGAAUACUUUGAAAGCAUGGAGGAGAUCAUCCUGAUCUUUGAAUUCAUCUCUGGAGUGGACAUCUUUGAGCGACUCGGCACCAGCAACUUUGAGCUCACAGAGCAGGAGAUUGUCCGCUAUCUGAGACAAGUCUGCUCCGCCCUCAAGUUUAUGCACAGCCACAACUUCGGCCACUUCGACAUCCGCCCAGACAACAUCGUCUAUACGACAAGGAGAAGCACCAAUGUAAAGAUUAUCGAGAUGGGCCAGGCAAGGCUUCUGGUGCCAGGAGAAAACAUCAGAAUGCUGUUCUCUGCUCCGGAGUACUGCGCCCCUGAGAUCCACCGUCACGACCUGGUCACAACCGCCACAGAUAUGUGGUCCGUGGGUGUCAUGGCUUACAUCCUGCUAAGUGGCCUUAAUCCGUUUGCUGCAGAGUCCGUCACAAAGAUGAUCGAGAACAUCUCCAACUGUGAGUACAUCUUUGACAGUGAAGCGUUUAGGGACAUCAGCCUGGAGGCUAUGGACUUUGUGGACAGACUACUAGUCAAAGACAGGAAGCUCCGUAUGACCGCCCAUGAGGCUCUGGAGCACCCCUGGCUCAAGAUGAAGAUCGAGAAUGUCAGCACCAAGGUCAUCAGGACAUUAAGACACAGAAGGUACUACCAGACUUUUGCAAAGAGGGUAGAUAUCAUUGUGUCGUCGGCUCGUGUGGCUUACGGUGGUGCCUUCAAGAACCAGAGAGGAUUGGCUGUCGGAAAAGUGAAGAUUGGAAGUGAGUACCAUGGCCUCCGCACCGGUCCAGUCAUGCAUGCCUCAGCUGAGGAAGGCGGCCACGUCAGAUUCACUUGUAGCAUCACCGACUAUGACAAGAGCACUCAGGCGUCAUGGUUCUUCGGAAACCGCCAGCUCCAUGCAAGUGCCAAGUAUGAAAUCACCUACAGCAACGGUUUUGCCAGCAUCUACGUGAAGGACAUCGAAGAGAGUGACGAUGGUGUGUACAGAUGCAAAGUGGUGAGCGACAACGGAGAGGACAGCGCCUAUGGAGAGCUCUUUGUCGAGACGGUGAGGAGCAUUCGAGAGCACUACAUCAGCCGCUCAAUCAAGAAACUGAGAAGGAGGGCCGACAAGACAAAACUCCUGCAGAGACCGCCAGAGUUCACUCUGCCUCUCUACAAUCGCUCCGCCUACAUUGGUGAAGACGUGCGCUUCGGCGUCACUAUCACCGUGCACCCGGAGCCCCACGUGAUGUGGCUGAAGAACGGAGAGAGGAUCAAGGCGGGCGACGACGACCGCAAGUACACGUUCACCAGCGAUAAGGGCCUGUAUCAGUUAAUGAUCCACAACCUGGACAUGAACGACGAUGCAGAGUACACCGUCAUGGCCAACAACAAAUUUGGAGAAGAUAGCUGCAAGGCGCGUCUCACCGUGACACCUCAUCCUGUGACAGAGGAAACUAUGAGGCCCAUGUUCAAACGUCUGCUGGCUAACAUUGAGUGUGUUGAGGGACACAGCGUACGCUUUGAGCUCAGAGUCUCAGGAAUUCCAACUCCAACUCUGAAAUGGCAGAAGGACGGUCAUGCGCUUGAGUUUGGUCCCAAAGUUGUUGUAAUACAGGAGGACCUCGACUACUACGUCUUGCACAUUAGAGACACUUUGCUCGAGGACUCCGGUGUGUACACUGUGACUGCCACCAACUGCGCCGGCUCUGCAAGCUGCCAGGCCACCCUAAAGGUGGACCGUCUCACCUACACCAGGAGAGAGUACAAGAGCGAGGAGGAGAAACACAGACACGUACAGAAACAAAUUGAAAAGACUCACAAGAUGGCUCUGCAGAUUGUCGCCACUGAGGAGCUCGUACCACUCAACCCAACGGCCCAGGAAGCGCUCAAAUAUGCUUCAGAGAUGUACAAGCCCGCCGUGAGCACCAAGAACGUUGAGGGAGAAUUCAACAUCACAGUUGAGAAGUCCGAGACGAAGAAGUUGGAGGAGGAGAGGAGGAUCUUCAUGCCUUAUGAGAUCCCCGAGCCUGUGGUUCACGAUCCCAGAGCUCUGGAUGAGGACAAGGGUAUCAAACUGUUUGUGCCUCUCUCUGACAUGAAGUGGUAUCGAAAGCUGAAAGACCAGUACGAGGUUUCGGAGAAGAUGGAGAGGAUCGUGCAGAAGAGGCAGAGACGUAUACGCCUGUCCAGGUGGGAACAGUUCUACGUAAUGCCCCUCCCGAGAAUCAGUGACCAGUACAGGCCAAGAUGGCGUAUCCCGAAACUUACUCAGGAUGAUUUGGAGAUCGUCAGGCCCGCCCGCCGAUCACCUUCUCCUGAAUCCGAGAUAUCCUUUAGAUCCAGAAGGAGAUCUCUAGGAGACAUGAGUGACGAGGAGCUGCUGAUGCCCGUGGAUGACUACCUUUCCAUGAGGAAAACCGAGGAGGAGAAAAUGAUGCUGGAGGAUGAGCUGGAGCUCGGCUUUUCAGCCUCUCCGACCCGCAGCCCCGUCCGCAUUGAGCGCCGGGCCGUGGAACUCAAAGAGAGGCGGCAGGAAGUCAGGCACGAGUCUGUUGAGGUUUCUGAGACAAAGAAGAAACGCACCGUUUCCCAGUUCAUGAGGAGGAGAAGGUCUCUGUCUCCUACGUACAUCGAGCUCAUGCGUCCCGUCUCCGACCUGAUCAGACCGUCACGUGCCAAGCCCCCGGUGGAGGUGGAGGUGGAGGGAGAGGCAGUGGUGCGGAGGUCCCCCACGCCAGAGAGGACGCGUCCUCGCUCUCCCAGCCCCAUCAGGUCCGUGGAGAGGUCAUCCCGCUCCUCCUCCAGGUUUGAGCGUUCCGCCCGCUUCGACAUCAUGUCCCGCUACGAGGCGAGAAAGGCUGCUCUGAAGUCCGAGAGGAAAUACCAGGUAGUCAGCCAGACGCCGUUCAGUCUGGACCACGCUCCCCGGGUGACAGUCAGGAUGCGCUCUCAUCGCGUACCGAUCGGCCAAGACACCAAGUUCACCCUGAACAUCCAAACCAAGCCAGAGGCCGAGGUCAAGUGGUUCCACAACGGAACUGAGAUCUCUGAAAGCAGCGAAAAGUACAUCUUCACCAACAUGGGCGGUGUGUUGUCCAUCACUAUCCUGGAGUGUCAGGAAGACGACAGCGGCACGUACCGCUGCGUGUGCUCCAACGCCAAGGGAGAAGCGUCCGACUACGCUACCCUUGAUGUGUCCGGCAGUGGCUACACCACCUUCUCCUCUCGCCGCAGAGAUGAAGACGUCCAGAAAAAAUACGUCCCCGAAGUCACUAAGAUCGACCACUAUCACACCACACACUUCAAAGCUGGCUACUCUUCCCAGACACACUUGGAGGUGGAAGAGAGCAAGUCUAAAAUAACAGAGACACGUGAAAGAUACGCUGCCUCCUCUGAGAGAUACUCAUCUGCCGAGAGGUACGAUGCAUCCAUCAAGUACGCCGCUGCUGAAUACCUGUCCUCUGAUUCCUCCUAUUCAUCGGAGAAGUAUUCUUUGACGGGGAAACGCACCAUGACUGAAACUACACUGAAGUCAUCUUCUGCUGCUACAGCUGUUACCGAGGAAGUUUCUGUACACAAGGUUAAGCCUUCUCUUCCUGCCAAAAUCCUUACCAAGCCCCAGUCUGUGUCGGUCGCUGAGGGCGAGAGCGCCAGAUUCUCUUGCGACAUCGACGGCGAGCCUUCACCGAGCGUAACGUGGAUACACAAGAGCACAACCAUCGUCUCGUCUCACCGUGUCCACGUCACCACCACGCAGUACAAGUCCAGCAUGGAGAUCUCGUCUGUGACGGCGUCCGACGAGGGCAGCUACACGGUCGUUGUGGAGAACUCAGCAGGCCGACAGGAGGCUCAUUUCACUCUGACGAUCCGCAGGUCACUUACCAAAGAGGAAGUCAAGGCUGUGAAAUCCCCCGAGCCAUCUGUAAAGUCACCCACUCCGAGUGUAAAAUCUCCGGAGCCUUCCGUCAAAUCACCGGCUCCCUCCAUCACGUCCCCUGUCCCCAGCAUCAAGUCUCCUGAGCCUUCGGUUAAAUCGCCAGCUCCAAGCGUCAAGUCUCCCGAACCAAGUAUAACGUCUCCUGUUCCGAGCGUGAAGUCUCCCCAACCAGAGGGAAUUAAAACGCCAGGGAGCGUCAAGUCUCCCGAGCCACCCACUCCCUCUCCAGCGCCCAGCUUAAAAUCACCAACACCAGGCAUCAAAUCUCCUGAACCUGAGGGAAUUAAGUCCCCACGCGGACUAAAAUCCCCUGAACCCAAACUCAAGUCACCACCGCCACCGAUCAAGUCUCCUGAACCUGAGGGAGUGAAAUCACCCCGUGGCAUCAAAUCUCCAGAACCUGCAGGAAUCAAAACACCAAGAGGACUUAAAUCUCCAGAACCGGUGGGAGUCAAAACACCAAGAGGUCUUAAAUCUCCAGAACCUUUAGGCAUCAAAUCCCCAAGAGCCUUAAAGUCCCCUGAGCCCGAGGGAGUCAAAUCACCCCCGAGGAUGAAGUCUCCUCCUCCCGUCAUGUCCCCGAAGAGGGUCGUUUCUCCACCCACCGUCAAAUCCCCAACCCCGAAACCACCCAAAGUCCUAAGUCAGCUGACAGCCGAGGCGAGUGAAGGCUCAGUGCGGAUGUCCUGCGUCUGCGAGAGCAGCGUCAAGGAGGUGGUGUGGUAUGUCAACGGGAGGAGGCUUUCACAGAGCAGCCGCUUCGAGAUGCACUACUCGGAGGGCUCCUGCAGCCUUGUGAUCUGUGACCUGGCAGACAGCGAUCAGGGAGAGUACACCUGUGAGAUGACGUCGGAGGGAGGAGUGUCCAAAUCCUCUUUCUCCUUCACUGGACAGGUGUUCCAGUCCAUACGGAUGAAGGUCACAGCCUACCGUGAGCAGCAGCAACUGACACUUAAAGGAUCCAUGGCGAUGAGCCAGAAGGAGUCGUCUUCAUCCAUGAGCUCAUCCAUGAUGAUGAAGAAAGAGAUGCACGUGAUGGAGGAGUCGUCCUCCUUCUCUUCCUCCGCCCAGCAGGCCAUGAUGUCUUCCAUGAUGGAGUCCAGCUCCUUCAGCAGUAUGGCAGCCGAGAUGAAGUUUGAGACUAUGUCCAUGUCCAGCAUGUCCUCCAUGACGUCCGAGACAUACGCCAUGAGCUCCCAAAGCGAGGGAUCUUCUUUCAGAGCAAUCGGUGGAGCUCCGCGGAUCGAGGCUCUGCCGGAGGACAUCAGCAUCGAGCCGGGCAAGGUCCUGACGGUCACCUGCGCCUUCUCCGGCGACGCCAAGCACAUCGAGUGGUCCCGCGGCGGCAGAACCAUCGAGGUGACCGCCGGCGGACGCUUCCACAUCGACACCACGGAGGACCUGACCACGCUCAUCAUCACCGGCGUGAAGGAGGAAGACGCCGGGACCUACACCCUGAAGCUGUCCAACGAGCUCGGCUCGGACUCGGCGACGGUGCACAUCAGCAUUCGAUCAGCGUAAACAAAAAAAAAAAAAAAAAAUCUGUCACUCUUCCCCUUUUCCCUACUUCCAUGCCUUUUUAUUUAUUAACUAAGCAAAAACAAUCUACUUCAUGAAGAUCUGGAUUUCUGUUCUUGUAAAUAUGAACUAUUUUUGUACCAAUCUUGACAUUAAUUUAUGCCAAACUAGACUAAAGUCUGACGUUGUUAUAAAAUGUGCCAUAUUGGAUAACUAUGACUUAGGAUCUUUGAUCCCUUUUUCUGUGACAUGUACAUAAUGUAUAUAGCCGAAUUGAACGGUUAUGGGAAAUGUAUGCAUUGUUAUUUAUGACAAGAAUAUGAACUGAAACAAAGUGAAACUAAACGUGGCUCAACAGGAGAAAGUUUCCCCCCCCCCGGGGGGACGAAUACCCCGUUGAGCCGAGAAACUAAACGAUGUGCCUCAACGACGCGUUGAAGUCUUAAGAUUGCCUCAGCGGGUGGAGAGGCUCCCUGCUGACGUUACUCGACCCGGGACAGAACCACAGGAGGAACAGCGCGAGAUCCCGAGUGCUGUUUGCAUACACCCUCGUGCAAGCAGGACGACUGGACCUCGCUCUCCUGACUGAUUACGUCGUACCGCCGUUUCCAUGACGUGCUCACAGUGCGAGCGGCCUGCACUCCCUGAGCACCAGCGUUAUUUUUUUUGGCGUUUUUGUGCUCCGCGUCUGGCGACCGACCGCUCGCCUCGGCUCCUCGGUCGCACCAUCGAAACCUGGCAA